AUGGGACAUGCCAGUGCUACCCAGGCUGGAUUGGCACAGAUUGCUCUGACGGUAAGUUACAAUUGUACAUUUAAUUAUAGCAAGUUUAUUUAUUAAACACAUACUGCUCUAUUUACUAGAGGUCGUUUUUUUUUUAAUUUUGCGCCAAAACAAAGUUGUGUGAAAUUGCUAUUUGCUGACUGAUGUAACUUUGCUCUGACAAUCCAGAGUAUGAGCUCUUCGUGAGACACAAUUGAAACCGUUAUGCCAUUUGAUAUUCAUUAAAUGCUGGGGGAGUUUUGUGCCCCAAAAAAGCUUGAUUACUAGCAUAAAUGCUGUACUCUGUGAGACCAGGCAUGAGGCCUCAGUAGGUGAGCAUCAACAGUAAAAUGUACACUUUCACUGGUGUCUCGUCUCUGAUACUGGAAAUUAAACUAAAAUAAGUUCUACAUGUUGAGCAGGUCAUUGAUCGAGACUCUCCAUAAUUCGAUAAAAUAAAUGUUAAAAAAUACAUAGUCAAAGUAAGUGCGCUCUCCUCUUUGUUUAUCUGUAUAUAAAUCAGAUAAACAACAGAUGCAGGUGCCUUACACUCGUGUCUCCUCAGCAUUUCUCACCCAUGGGCAGUCUCUAGCCCGAGAUACAAUGUAGCAAAGUAGAUUGCACAGUUACAAGUGUAUUACUUAAACAUCAAACGAUAUGUAAGUACACCUCAUUGCCUUGACUUGUCUUGAUAAAAGUCCUGGAUAGUACUGAAAUUUGGAUGAGCUAUACUUAUAUACCAUUGCUGUUUAAAUAAUAUACUAGCAAUUGUUUUGAAAAUCGCUACAAGUUAAGCGGGUGUUCUCUGCUUUGCGAGAUUAUAUUUGUUUGUAUAGAUUUACAUCAAUAUACAAUACUAUUCAAAUUUCCCAAGAAGUAAGGCCUGCUUGUCAGAACAUUGUAAUUGGUUGCCAAGAAAACAAAUCACAGUGCUCCCACUGAGAAAGCAAGUUAUGAGAAGGCCUUUUAUGAAAGCUUUUCCUGCCUUGAAUGCUUAGUGCACACAGAACCUUUUAUGAAAUUGGGGCUCUUAUUUUAUGCAUUUUUGUGCGAUAUGAUGGCUUUUAUUGGCCAGUUUUGGUUAAAGAAAGAAGAUCUUCAAUAAAGAAUUGUAAUGAGUGAUAAAGUUUCAGUUGUCUUGGGAGUUGUCUCUUACCUCAAAUUAUCUUGGCCCACCAAGCAAGGCUUUCUGCAUUUGCCUAUUUGGCCUAAGGCUGGGGCUGCCUCUGUAAUUGUGCUUCGAUAUGGCAGCUCUUUGAUACCUGGCAGGGGUUCAGGACAGCUUGCCCAACAGACCGCCCCACAGGGACAACCGCCCCUGACCUCACUAUGCUACUGGUUGUGGAUUAAUCUUUUUUUUUUUUUUAAGCCUGUGGUACCUACUGGAUAGCAUUACUGUAGCUAACAAUAUAUUUAUUUAGCCUGAGUUUGUAAUAAUCUACACUAUUGCAUUGUCAGCUGAUCAUUUGAAAUCCCCAUAAAUAUUUAAACAUUGCAUUACUUGUGUACAGAUUUUCAUUUUGCUUUAUACUUACUCACUUUUCACAGCACCAAGAACCUUGAUGUUUGUAAUAACCCAGCAAAAAAAAAUUAUAUUUUUAUAUUUGUAUUAUAUGCAAUGGAUAUGAUGCUAGCCAUAUAGUCCCCUUUUCAUUGUGGUUCAUUGUAUUUUGUAACUGGUAAGCACAUUUGACAUUUACCAUCCUCAGGAUCUACCUACUUACAUUUCAGGCCUAAUCUUUCAGUUUUUCAGAAGUGACAUUCUGGAAGUGUCUGCAAUGAUUAAUCAGAGUUAGUGUUAUCUGGGCUCUAAGCAUUGAAAUAAUACAUCAUAAUCGUUUUCACUUAUAUUAUUAUUAUUAACUUGCAUCACACAAUAUUAAAUUGUAAAUUGCUUCAAGUGCUAUAAAUAAUUAUUAGAACUUUCACCAACUUAGCUCAUCUUGGCUAUUGCUGUAUAACUGGUUAAAAAGUUACCUUUAUAAAAUUCCCAUUACCUUUCUAUAAACUGGACAAAUAAAUCUUGUUUGUGUAUUUCUUUUAAAUACUGCUAUUAUUAUAUUUUUGCAGAAUGUCCUCCAGGCCUCUGGGGUCCGGACUGCAUCCACACUUGUAACUGCCAUAAUGAUGCAGAAUGCAGCUCAUAUGACGGAGAGUGUAAAUGCACAGCUGGCUGGACAGGGCUGUUUUGCACACAGAGUAAGAAUGGUUUAACAUCAGCAAUGUGAUACUAUACAGUUUGUUAAAGCUAUCCUUCCCAGUCUGCUCUGAUCGUAAUAAGGCACAUUAGGGUGCAAUUGAAACACAAAAUGGUUAUUGAUUUUUAGGUGUUUAUUUAUUUAUAACUUUAGUAGGGAGAGUUGGUUCAGGUAGACACUAGUGGUUAGACCACGGUGUCGAGGUAACUUUUAGGGUGAAUUGAGAGAUUUAUUUAAUUAUUUAUUUUUUGUGUGAGGCUUUUCAUCUGCGUUUAGACCUGAUUACCUGGUCCCUUGUUCUCUGGGGACCAGGUGCCUCUUCUCUCUCCCUAACCUCGUUUACACUACCUUCCUGUCAGUCAGACACUAGAGGAACUGGAACUUAGAUGCUAGCUAGUACUCCAGACAAUUGAUCCCCGGGGCACUGUUUAGUAGAUCUCCCCUUUUUCCCCCCAAGUUAUACUUUUUGCUUGCAUAUCCCUUUUUAUCCUUAGAUUGAUUAAAGGUGGGGCCUCCCUUCCUCAUUUCUUAUACAGUGGAGCUCUCCUGAUGUUGGUUUUCCCUUGUGGGACUCUACACAUCACCUACUUCUAUUACCUCAGGGUGGAAUUGCCCUUAAACUUCAUGCAUAUGUAUGUGUGUGCAUGCCAAGUCAUCCCAAUUUAUCUGAACAAUGUUUAUAUCACAUAAGGCGCCCCAGAUCACCAACGGCAAGUUGUCAACCACUGGUGAAGACCUGCACCGUCCUGCUCUCCAUGCAUUCACGAUUCAUUGGAGAGAUGACAUUAAAGGCCAGUUAGACCUAGACUAUGAUAUACUGGUGGUGACCAGGGUAGACAGAUACGAGAGAAUAUACAGGAUUAGAGGCCAUAGCAGGUACAGAUGGGAUAGGUGCAUGACCCUGAACAAAUCAGUGUACCCAUAAAGUUUUCAGUACAUAGCAGCCCUAGAUUCAGAGCUUCAGCCUCUAAAGCUCCCAUGCAGUGCCUUUGAAGGUUAAUGGAUUUUUCUAGUCUUUACAUUUUUUAAAUGUUUAGUUUUUACAAUUAAUAUAUAUGUAUUUAUAAAAUAUGUUACCAGAAAAAAUAUUUCUAGGUUUCACUAGUUUUCAGAAAUGUCUUGGAGAAAUAUGACUAGAAAUUGCUGUUUAAAAAAACACUCAAUGUUCAGUGCAAGCUGACUUCACAACUUCCAUUUUCCAUGUUAAUGUGAAUUGAGCGUAAACUGUGUAUGCCAGGAGCUUAUCCCUUUGUCCUAAAACUGAAGAGUUUGAUUUGUGAAUUAGCGAGUAGCCCAGUAGUGAAUUGGCUCAUUUUUGACUCUGUAGAUGCUACUAGGAAAUCCUCUCGAUAAACAGAAAACAUUAUAUAAUGCACAGGAUUGGGUAUACACAGUUUGAAAGGGUUGCUGCACAGAAUGUAUAAUCCUAUAAUUUGUGACCAAUGACAUUGGAAGCAUUAUUACGUAAAUAUGAAAACUGCUAGUAAGUAGGAGAUAUGGGGAUGCAUUUACAAUGUGGCUGCAGUUAAUCUUGUAGUCCACGACAUCAAAACACCUUUCUUUACCUCAUGCAUGAUCUAUUGUUUCCCCCGCUGAUAUUGACUGGGAAAUAGACAGUACACAGUUCAUUAAAUAAUUAUAUUGGUAUCCUGUAUUCUACGCAGAAUACAGAGCAAUGCCAUACAGAUGCAAAGUGUACUUUACAACAGUUGCAUAGUCCUGAGUAAUCAAUAUAUCACACAUAUAUCACACAUAAUUGCAGAUUUGUAAUUAUCAAUAUAAAAAUGCUCUUAGAGAGCAAUGGAGCCUAGUACUUGCAGUUCUCACAGUUAUCCCACUACACUACCACAUCCUCCAUCAAUAUGGUUAAAUAUAAUAACCAACAGAUGUGACUCACAAGCCAAUUAAGAAUGAUCCCUGGCUAAAGAACGCCAUAGGAACACAGAAAGAGUUCUCUGUGUAUUGUGAUUGCAUAGGAAAUAAAAAUAAAAAAUCUCUUUAUUAUAGGGUAUAAAUUCCCCAAAAAGGUAAAUAAAACUUAAUAAAAACUAACACACACUAGAGAGAACUGAGAUAAUAAGGUAAAGGAGGAGAGAUAAAGAUAAAGUGAUACUAAGAAGUGUCACAGCAAGAAAAAAUCUUGGUAUACAAUCUCUCCCCUAAAGAUAUGUAGCGAUCUGGGUAGAAACUAUCCUGUAUAACAGAGUAUAACAGUUGCCAAAUAUCCACCUAGAAUGCUAAGUAUGGAUACAUAGUAUCCCCUAAAUUAGCAGUAGCUGGUGAGCAUAAAGGAUCAAAGAAAUAAACUGAACUGUCUAUAGGCUAUAUUAGUGUCCUCAAUCAGAAAUCCUGGUUAGCAGACAGUUCAGUUUAUUUCUUUGAUCCUUUAUGCUCACCAGCUACUGCUAAUUUAGGGGAUACUAUGUAUCCAUACUUAGCAUUCUAGGUGGAUAUUUGGCAACUGUUAUACUCUGUUAUACAGGAUAGUUUCUACCCAGAUCGCUACAUAUCUUUAGGGGAGAGAUUGUAUACCAAGAUUUUUUCUUGCUGUGACACUUCUUAGUAUCACUUUAUCUUUAUCUCUCCUCCUUUACCUUAUUAUCUCAGUUCUCUCUAGUGUGUGUUAGUUUUUAUUAAGUUUUAUUUACCUUUUUGGGGAAUUUAUACCCUAUAAUAAAGAGAUUUUUUAUUUUUAUUUCCUAUGCAAUCACAAUACCCAGAGAACUCUUUCUGUGUUCCUAUGGCGUUCUUUAGCCAGGGAUCAUUCUUAGUAUUUUAUACUUAUCUCUAAGGGUUACCCCCUAAAGGGUUCUCUUGACGUACCGUGGACUCCAUUCUUUUGGAUUAUCCACGUUCUUUGUUCUGUUUAGUCACAAGCCAAUUAACCUACAUUUUAAGGUGCCUACUCUGCAUUGUCACUGCCAGUGUAAGGUAACCUGAAGACAAUCAAUCAGACAGCAUUGAUGUAAUUUGCCUCCAAUGUCUGUCUUCCACUGAGAUUCUUCUAACAAGUAACUCACUUCUCAAAAGACUCCACAUUAUUAUAAAGAACUGAGCAACAGUUUCUUCACUACACAUGCAGUGCCAGAAUGUCUCAUUAUUAUGUCUUUCCUCACAAUUGCUCAGGACACUGGGCCAUCUUCCUUUUGUCCCCUCUCAUUAAUCUGCCCUUUGUGGACCAUAUAUGUUUUGCAGUGAUUUAUUAAGUACUGUAGUAGAUAAGUGUCAAUGGAAUGUUAGAUCAAAAUUGAGGUAAAGUGGACCUAUACAUUUGCUUGUCUCAUGCAGUAUCCUGUGACAUCACAACUGUGUGCUCAGCUCCAAAUCCUAUUCAUACUAAUUCCUAUUAAUGCAAAUUUUUCAUCUCCUCCAUCAUUAUCAUAUGCAAAGAUUUUAAGACAUACACUAUAUAUAUUUUUUUAAUUGAUGUGUCUUUUUUUUUGUUCAAUAAAAUGUUAAUAGAGGUAGAAAGCACAAGUCAGCAUAAUUAAAUAAGUAUAUACCAAAAGCCAAACUUUUAAAGGGAAACAACUGACUGUGCAUGCUGAGAGCCAAGCCCAGAUUUAGCUGAAGAUCCGGGAGUUUCCCAAAAAUGCUGUCCAGAGUACCAAGCUACACGCAUGCAUUGUGUGUCUGUUAGACAUGAAACUUUGGAUAUGAUUUACCGCCCUCUGGUGGUCUACAGAGCAAUUUGUCACAGUGAAUGAAAAGCACGCUGGUAGGAAGUCAGAGAUAAUGUUUGAUAUAACUUCUAGUGCACAUACAUCAUUGCGGAAUACUCCUCUCCUCAUAGCUCACUAGAAUCAGAACGAAAAAAAACUUAAAUAUAUAAGAGGUAUAAGCAGGAUUGGUUUCUACAAACAAUCCCGUUAAUUGUUUUAUAGUUAAAAGAAAAAAAUGUGUUCGAAAAACCCUGGGCUGUGAUGCAAUUGAUUGUUUCAUUCACUGACCCUGAGCUAGAAAAAUAUCCUGUCACUUUAAACUACUAUGCUUAUCAAAAAUAGAGGAGAUCUGAAAGGUUUAUGACAUUGUACUUUAUUCCUACUCAGCCAACAAAUACACAUUGACUUCCUCUUACAUAACUUAUACAUGAGCUCAUACCAUAAUUUUGCACAUUGAAAUACAUAAUCACGCAAGCAGUUAUGACUGGGAUCAGAUACAUUUAGCAAUGUUUGGUUUGUAAAACAAGCAAGUCAUACCACUGCAAUUAUUUGAUUCAUUAAUUUGAGCAAAGGAAUACACUCCAAUAAACCCAGUCUUUUCUUAUGAGCAUUACUGAUAUUCCCAUGUACUGUCAUAUUGUGCACGUUGUGCACUGUAAAAGGUUUAAAAUAAAGAAGCUAACAGUUAUGUCUAAGAUUAGAUAGAUAAUUUUACAAAUGUUUGCUUUGCAAAACAAGUCAAGCCAUUUGGUAUAGAUUGAUCUUGUAGUCUCUUUCUCUGACUCCCUGAUAUAGUUGGAUUGAUGUUUGAUACAAGACAGGUUGUAGGGACACACUUUCUUAUGAACUGGAAAUUCGAAAACUAUACACUGUCUCUAGAAAGAUUACACAAUUUAAAUAAUAUAGAUAGCCAUGUGCAUUAUAGGUCAUGGUGUUAGGAAAGUAGAGCAGGUAGGCAACCUUUUAGCAGCACUGUGCCGAAAUAGGAUUGUGACGUCCCGUAGCGUGUCGGUCCUAUUUUUUUUUUAAAUUGAGGUGUAUAUGUUGCCGUAUUCUGCUUGUGUUAUUUAUACUGCAGUUGCUUUGUAUCGUUGUAUUUGUGCGUAUAUGAGCUAUUAUAUUGUAUAUGUUCAGGAGUAGUUUGUGGUAUUGUGUAUGAUACCUAUGAAUGUGGGCUGUGUAUGGGGGCUGCUUGUGGAAUUGUGUGUGUGGAUGGAUAUGUCACAUUGUGUGUUUGGUAGUGUGUGUAUGUGUGGGGCUGUUUGGGGUAUUGCAUGUGAGACACUGCAUGUGGGGUUGUGUGCAUGUAUGUGUUAGUGGUGUUACGUUUUUGCGGAUUGUGUGAAUGUUUGUUUGUGGGCUGUUCUUAUUAUUUGUAUGAGGGGAGGGUUAUUCUUCAGCUCUGUGUAUAUCUAGCAGUGUUGGUGGCUUCCCUGGGUUCCAGUGGGUACCAGGCUGACCAGGUACAGGUCAAGAACAGGAGCUGCAACAGCAGCUGCAGGCUGCUCUACUACAGUGUGGAUUCCCAUUCACAAGUGCUGGGAGGAAGUGAUCUGUGAUCACUUCCUUAACGUGCUGCAAUGUGUAAAUUGAGGAUUGUCCUUCACCACCUUUUCGUAUUAGCAGCUAUCUGAAGUUUUACUGGUACUGCUGAUAGGCCAGACCCUGUUUGGCUCUAGCACCCUUAAGUGCCAUGCAAAGACACCUUGAGUGCCGUGCAUGGCACAUGUGCCAUGGGUUGUCUAGACCUGGAGUAGAGCAUCAAGAGCCUGCUGAGAAAUGCUUCCAGUAACUCAUGGGAAAGGGAGUUAAUAUGGAUGUCAGAGAUGGCUUCCCCCUUACCUCAGAUUAAGAUGGCAUGGUAGAGUUAAAACUCCAAACAGCAGGCAAGCACUUGUAAUAAGCUCAAACACGAUUAGAACUAAAUAAAAAUUUAAAAAAUCACUGACGUUUUAUGAAAGUCUGAAGGAUAAUACAAUAGACAGAGCAUUCCUUAAGAUGGGAGCAGCCAUACAAGUGGUCCUGUCAGUGUGAAAAGUGCCGAUCCACUUUAAAAAUGUUGACAAUUCAAAAAAAUGUUGGCACAUUAUUAGAACUUUGCAUAGCUCGUCAGUGGAAGGCAGUGGUUGUGAUGUGGUUCUAUUUCUCAGGAUGUCCAUCUGCCUUUUAUGGAAAGGAUUGUGCCAAUGUCUGCCUCUGCCACAAUGGAGCGGACUGUGACCAUAUCACUGGGCAGUGUACAUGUAGAACUGGAUUCACAGGAAAGCACUGCGAGCAAAGUAAGUAAGCUGUCAUCCAGUUAAAUGUAUAGCAUCAGAUCAACUACACAAUCUGGUUCUGUGUAUCUCAUGCCUUCCCCAUUCUAUAUCCCUUGACAGUUACUUAGUAUCUCCAGGGAGCAAUCGACCAUCCCACUCAUAGGUGUGGGUGUACAUGAGAAAAGAUUGACACAUAUAUUCUCAUGUAACAGCUUAAAGAUCUAAGAACACCUUACACACAUUGAUCAGGUUUCAGCUGUCAAGGGUUAAAUGCUUGUCGUGUGCAAAUUACACCUCAUUCCUUCCAUCUCUUCUUUUUUUUUCUUUCUUGGCAGCAUGCUUAGAAAUGUAUAAAUCCAUGAAGCAUUAGAGAAAAACAAGUAUUGUUAACACAGAAAAGUUCAUGAAUUCUUGUUAUGUCUCAGUCAUUGCUUACAAGAAACCACUGGAAAAAAACAGGUCUGAUGAAAUGCGAAGGUUGUUCUAUUAAAUACCGUUUUCAAAUUAAGUGCAAUGUUUGGAGACAGGAGAGAUUAUUGAUAGAGUCUGUGCUGUUUUAAAGUCAUUUUUUUUUUAGGAUCGAGUUUAUACUGAAUUAAUAAGCAUAGAUACAUCAAUUUCGGCAUGGGCCGCCAUUCUUAACAGCUCAAUAUCCCGUGCAUUCUGCGUGUGUUAAAGCCUUAUAUUUAUUUGAUGCCUUAAGUAGAGAAAGCAUAGUCAUGUCAUUGUAGACCAUAAAUGCAACAACUUUUGCCUGGGCAAUGGCAUGCUAUGCUCAACUUCUGGGCAUCCAUUCUGUGUGUGCUGGCUGCAAAAGUUAGGGCCAUAUAAUUGCAUGUUGCGUUGGUUAAUGAAAGCUUAAACAUGACACAUUUAUGUUACGUAUAAAUGACAAAGGUAACAGAGCAACCAGACAUUCAAGAAAUUAGAAGUGAGAGCCAUGUAACAGCGCCAUGUUUAGCCUUAGCAAGUAAAAUAAAUGUGCAUAAACAUUGCUGGAUUGGUCAUAUCAUGGGUGUUUUUAACGGGUAUAAUUUCGCUAGGGUCAACUAGGGGCUCCAUCGUUUACUACUCGGUUAGAGUUCGCCCAACUAAUCAUGCCAGAGACACACAAACGAACAGUAUUGCAGUACAUGUGAAAAAAAUUUUUAAAAAAAAUUAUAUGAAAACAAGCCCAAAAGGGGGCAAGUAAAGUUAAUUGAGGACUCUAAUGCCCUUAACGGUUACGGGGCUGGUCUGUCCUUAAGAUCAGUUCACUGAGGGCCGUACAUUGCACAGCUGUCUUGCCGUUCCUGGGCCGCCGAGUCCCUGUCUGUCCUCCCCGCAACAACCCAGUCCGUCUCCAGGGUCCUCCGUAGCUCUGUGGGCACUCGGGAGUAGGGGCUGUCAAUCCGACUCCCACACCUAGAGUCCAUGGGCCCCGUCUCCCUGCACCUCCCCAUUACCACCCAAGAUCCAGUACUCAGAGGAGCGUGUUACCCACUGUCUCACCCGGUGCCGGCCACUUGUUUGGAGCCGGCGCGCACCCCCCCGGCCACCCGGUCCCCACCGGGCUCACGGCUUCAGGGACAUGGCCCUCUGGGGACCCCACAUACCCAGGGGCUAGGGCACCCACUCCUCCAGCGGGCGGGUAGUCAUCACAGGGGAUCUUAUCCAGCGCUCAGCUGUGCCCAAGUCCGCACGGGCCAUCCAGUACGGGCCUCCAUAGCUAGCACUCUCCACAUUUACCCCUCUGAUGUUGCGGUAGCGCCUUUAAUGAGUGCUCUUGUCGGUAGUGGGGCUAUCUCUUAGCGGGUCCAAGCCUUCUUGCUACCGAUCUGGGUGCCUCCUUGGGUGAGUGUUUCAACCUCUCCGCAGGUACCUCCGGUGUUGCUGGCUGGUUGAGUUUCGUGCAACUGGUGCCAGUGCAGGCAGUCGGCAUCCGAACCGCGCGGAUAUCCCCCGCCAGCCCCCCAAAAAAGGGGGGGGCAGGGCCGUGCCCCGGGCCGAGUAUCACCCCCUGUCGAGGUGUCUAUAGCGGGAUACGUUGGUUUUCUGCUCUGCGGCGCCACGUUGCCUGUAAUGGCCGCUGGUUUUCUGGCGCUCCGCCUUGUGCAGGCCGUGUCCGGCCCUCUCUACUUGCCUGGCUUGCCGUGGGCAUUGUGCAGGUAUCGGGGGUAAGCUGGUGCCGGUCUCUGUUCGGAUCUGGCUGAGUAUUGUAUAUUUAGGCGGUCUGGGGCGAUUGUUUUAGUGCCUUUUUUAUCCGCUUAGUGCAGGAGCUCAUGUUAAUGGCGUCCAGUCGGCCCGGCCCCGCCCCGCCCCCCGAGUAUUUUUUGUAUGUAUACUGUUUCCAUAAAGCAACCCUGUCAUGAUUUGUUUAUUUAUCUGGUUUUCCUUUCUUUAUGCCCUCUGUAUCUUAAUGAUUAUGCCUUCUCCCCAUUUAUAUUUAUAUUUAUCUUUUCUUUCUUGUGCCAGAUCACAAUAUUUAAAAAUAAAAUAUAUAACAAAGUGACACCCCAACAAGUAGAAAAAUAUAAAUGGUAAUAUUACCCUUUUAGUAAAAGAUUAUUAAGAUUGUGGGAAGAUUCCUCUUACCUUCUUCAUAAAUACAUAAAAUAUACAAUCUAAAAGAAGAAAAAAACUAAAAUAGUGUGCUAAUGUAAAAUUUUAUAGAAAGCUGGUGACGUUAUAUUGCACUCACAAAAGUAAAUUGUAUGCAGGCAUGUAAAGGUAUCUUUGUAGGACUUAGCCCUUUGUCCUUUUCUUUUAUCCCAUUGAAUACAUAGAAGAGAGAGGGAGAAACACAAACAUAGUGUGCCACUUUAAAAAGUUAAACACCUUUUAUUUCAAAUACACUCACAAGAUGGAUCUCUUAGUCUUGCAUAUCGUAAUGUAACUUUCCAGACUUAGGAUGUUAUGUUGAAAAGUCCUCUGUAGUCAGAAUAGAAUAGCAGCUUGAAAUCCAAAAUGUUAAAAUCAAGAAAACACUUGUAAUAAAGUAACAUAAAUAUGAAAAUAAAAGUCACUAUGGUGUCCUCCCAGCCCUACGCAUUUCGUCCUAUAAUAGGACUUCCUCAGGGGAAUCCAAUAGUAGUGUUGCCAUUCUCCAUCAAGCACCUGUUUUAAAUAUCGUUUUCGCACCGUCCCGAUCCGCAGUCAGUGGCUUGAUAGAAAUCCCCUGCAUUUGCUUAAUCGCGGCUUUGCGUCCCAAGCCUCGAUCUCAUAUUGAGUGUUGAUGACGUCUUCCGGUUGCACCAUGGUUGCAUUUGCAUUCCAAAGUGCGUUACGUUUUUGCAUGUUUUGAUAAUUCUAGACCAAUGGCAGGUAGUUUUUUCAAACGUAGGCCCCUUGGGAUUAAAUUUUCUUUAAUAUACGUUUUUAAAAAUGGAAUUUCCCACCAUUUUUUAGUUUCUUUUAUGACCAAUUUUUCUAAUUUAUAAAAAUAACCAUCCAUGUCUUUAAUUUGAGUUUCAUUGUCUCCAUGGUUGGUAAAGAGGGAAUUGAAUCUUGCCUCUCUUGUUUGUUUCAGAUUGGAAAAAAUGCAUCCUUUUUGUGUCAUCUCUAAAUACUGGGGCAGAUGCUAAAGUAGGGAAGGGUGUGGGAGAAGCUAUAGAGAUGCUAGCUACUAUACUGUAUCUGGAAAAUUCAGAAAUUUUAAUAUCUGUUUUCAAUCCACUUUUUAGAAGGAAGGAAGGAAGGAAGCAGUGUUAUGUACAAGAGCAGUUAACUUAUCCAUGUGCAUAGUAUCAUUCAUUUUAAGGACCACAUUAUCAAGAGGUGAUAGAGAUACAUUUAAAUAGCAUUCUGCUAAUGUCUUUUGUCAAUCAAGGCAGCUUUAAAGGACCACUAUAGUGCCAGGAAAACAUACUCGUUUUCCUGGCACUAUAGUGCCCUGAGGGUGCCACCACCCUCAGGGUCCCCCUCCCGCCGGGCUGGAUGGAGAGGAAGGGGCGGGGAGCUCUCCUCUCCGCCUCCUCUCCUCCUCUUCGGCUGAAUGCGCAUGCGCGGCAAGAGCCACACGCACAUUCAGCCAGUCUCAUAGGUAAGCAUUCACAAUGCUUUCCUAUGGACGCUGGCGUCUUCUCACUGUGAAAAUCACAGUGAGAAGCACGCAAGCGCCUCUAGCGGCUGUCAAGAGGUAUUAAUUUAUUCAGCACUCUUUUUAAGUAAACAUUGUUCCAAGAAGGACAAGUACAUCACAUGUGAACAGAUUUUACCUAUGUUCCUGCACAUUGUCCAGUACAGGUCUAUAGAAGCUUUAAGGCCCAUAUUCUCAUUUACUGAGAGUCACAUACCACCUAAUUUAGGUUUUGAUUCCUUUUUACAUGAUAUAGAAGACUUGGCAAUAUUUCCUGUAGGUCAAAAAAAAUACCAGAGUCAAGAGCCCAUCUCAGCUCUGCUUUCAACAUAGAAACAUCGGGUAACUCUUUCUAGUCUAAUAUUGAGAUAAACAUGUUGUUGGACAGAAAUCGUUCCUUAAAACUGUACUGUCAUGCCGAACUUACCUUUCCCCAAUCGCUUCCUCUUCUCUCCGUCUCUCAGGAUUUGUACUUUAUUUCUUCCUAACUGAUCUAGUUUUCAUUAAAACCUAAAACCUCCUGUGGGUCAAAGAAAUUUUCCCACAAUACUCACCCUUUCCUUCGUGAUCUUGCGAAGCCUCCUUUCACUAUUCCUGAACGUCCUGUCAUUUAGAAUGAGAACAAUUUGUCCGUUCGUGUUAGGACGACCUUCAGUACUUUCUGUUAGGAUUGGAAUUUCAUUAGAAUGAAUGAAACUCCGAUCCUAUUCGUGCCGCGUCUGCAUCUUGCAGCCACUUAGUAAAUAGCUCCCUAAUUUCCACGGUAUUAGAGAGCUAUCUCCCAAAAGGCUGUAAGACCUAAAUUGGUUUUUAAGCCAAAUUUACUAAUACUAAGUAAAGAUUAUUCAGUAUUAGUGGUUAGUUGCUGCUCGCUGGGUGAAGAUGGAUUAUCUUUUUUUUUAGCAAAUUUGCUAAUUAUGGAUUUUUAUUUGGCAUUUUUGUCCUUUUUUUUGGCCUUUUUGGGGGCUGAAAAAAGAAUAUUUUAGAAAAAAGAAGACAACUAACGGUAAGUAUGAAUUUUUUAAUUUUUAGGUAUCUAGUUUUUUUGUCCCCCCCCUCACUACUUUUAGGGUGAGGGGAAUAGGUAGGGCUUAUGUUAUUGGGGGGGUUGAGCUGGAGACCCCUAGUCACCUGUGGGGGGGGGGCAGGUAUUUUUUACAUUUAGCCCCCACCCGUCACCAAUAGGUAGGGGCCGGGGGGGAGACAAAAGUUAGGAAGUGGCAGGGAGCCAGUUGGAAAUGGAUUUGUUGCAUAGAGCGUCCCUUAAAUGGAGUUUCAUGCAUUUUGCAGUGCCCUGGGCUGUUGUAUUAUUUACUAAUGGUAAUGUGGGCAGCCAGCUUGCAAUAUUUAAACCAAAACUCAAGUUGGAAAAAAAACAAGAUUCCAACUUCCUCUCAUUUCUGCAAUUUUAGUCUAAAUUAUGUAGAUUUGUUGACUCCAUUUAUUCAUGACCUUACCCCUUAAUAGACGUAGAGACUGUUGGAAAUCAUUUUGUUUCUUGCAGUUCUAUGCUAACAAUACAUUUAUGUUCAUAUUUAGAUUUCUUCUUUCAUAAAUAGCAAAAAAAUAACUUUCUUGAAUAAUUUAGGCAAAUAGCCUCACCCCCACCCCAAAAAAUAAGAAACGCUGAUCUUUAUCAUAUUACUUGGGGUAAAUCUACAGCACAGUCAACGCAGUUGUUUGAAAUGGCUUAAAAUUGUUCCUUAUGUUUAAUGUUCUUCAAAUUUACAUCUAUAAGCAUUCUAAAUUUGAAGUUGCUAUGGUAAUAGCUAAUGCAUUAGCAGGUUUGACUGGAUAGUCUAUUUUGUUCAUGCAAAGUGCCUUUUUACACUAAACCCCUUCACUCAGUUCCACUUCCCCAGCACAAAGCCCAUCCCUUUUCACCGGCAAAAUUAUCUCAUCGAAUGAGAUAUUCACAUUUUACAUUAAGAAUAAAAAUGUUGCGGGGCGGGACUUCCGGUCGGACGGAGCGGUCGCAUGUAACCGCAGCUCCGUGAUCGGCACGGCCUAAAAGCGGCAGAAAAGCGGCGAAAGAGCCCGGAACGACCCUACCAGGGUGCCCAACAACAGGGGAACCACCUACCUCAAGGAUGGCACCCCCGAAGUCCCAAAGGGCAUCGGAUUUCUUCCGGCAGGGUAAGGGAGGGAAGCAGCGCAUGGAGCAAGAUGGCGGCGGCUCCCGCUCACCCACUUACACCUCAGAUGCAGGAUCAGACUCAGAUAUGAGGCAAGCAACCGCUGAAGAUCUGUCUGUGUCGGAAAAGCGCCUGGCGGCAAUGCUGCAGGACCUGCGCACUUCUAUGAAGACUGACUUCCAAGCUGCGGUCUCUGAAAUGCGCAAAGACAUCCAUGAAGUGGGGACACGCGUUAAUGCACUAGAAGAAAAGACUGACGAGCUCUGCCACAUGAAUGACACCAUGGUGGAGAAAAUACAAAGAAUGGACGCUGAUAACAAACGCCUUAUGGAAAAACUGGCAGAUCUGGAGGAUCGCUCCCGCCGCAACAAUAUCCGCGUGCGCGGGGUACCAGAAACAGUGACACAAGAAGAGCUGCCGGCCUACCUACUGCGACUCUUCCAAGCGAUCCAACCAAACCUAGAACUGGCGGACCUCCGCCUGGACCGGGCGCACCGAGUGCCAAAACCUCAAAACCUUGCACAAGAAGUGCCAAGAGACAUCGUGACCAGACUGCACUACUACUCUGCGAAAGAAGCCAUACUCACGGCGCAAAGGAAGGCCUCAGCGAUGCCGCCAACCUAUGAAAAUAUCUCCCUAUUCGCCGACCUCUCACCGACAACAAUGGCCAGAAGAAGGGAAUUCAUUAACAUUACGAAAUGCCUCAGAAACAACAAAAUACCGUACAGGUGGGGAUUUCCUACAAAACUCCUCCUCUGGCGGAACGGCUCCCUAAUAAAGAUCGAAGAUCCGGCGCUGGGGAUGGACAAGCUCAAGACCUGGGGCUUGUUCCCAGACGGCAAAGCACCACACACCCAAACCUCCCUAAAGAAGAUGACCGCGGACUGGUCCAAAGCCUAAAGAACACUACCGCCACCCAGAAGGGGGUGCCGGCUACAACACGACUCGGUUAGAGACCCGUGUGACCCCCCCCCAUGGUGACCACCCCACUCAUCUGGGAAUGGCAUAGCUUGAAGGACAUUCAGCACCCACGUGAGUACUCUUGAUCGCCCUCACCCCUAACCCAACACAAGAGAAAAAGUGACUGCCACACCACAGCGUAAUUUGGCCCACCCGUCACUGCGAGACUUACCCCUAAGCAGUCAGACUCACUGCUCAGACCCUUGCAGAGACUGCCCACUAAAAUCUGAACCCAGCAUGGCCGGACAAAGGCCGAAAAACUGAAAGGCGCAGAGACUGUGCUCACCUCUCACCCCCCCCCACUCACGGAUCUAUACAGGACAGCCAACGGCUCAGCCAAGCCCCUAUACCUCCCCCCCCCACCGCCUACUUUUUCGAGAGAGCCGGGCUCUGAAAGAGGUACAGGCCUCACCAAAUAUUAGACGCCCCCCCGAUACACCUGUGGGACACCGCCUGCCGUUGCGACCCCCUCUCAGUGCAGUAGAGGGUGCGAGCUCGGCAGCAGGGUCCCUCACAUAAUGCUUAAUAGCUGUUUGAAAUGUAUAUACUUUAUUUCUGUUUUAUGGUUUUGUCUCUUAGGUUAUGUUCCAGGUUGUUCCCCCUGCCCUAACCCCCUUCCCGAGAUGCUCCCCCUUCACUACUGGGUACGACGAGGGGAAAAAAUAGCCUCACCCAACCACCUCUGUCACGCAGUGGUAAGGGAAAACACUACACCCAAACUACCGGGCCCUAGGGCCACCCCAACUAGUUAAAAUGACCUCCGCCAAUAAAUUCCGCCUGGUGUCUCUAAAUGCCCAUGGGCUGAACACACCACAAAAACGCAGGCUGGCGUUCUCCCAAUUACGCACUCUACACGCCUCUGUGGCAUGCAUACAAGAAACUCACUUCUCAAUUAAAAACCCACCAAAAUUCUCGUCCACAUCUUAUCCACAAGCUUACCAUGCCACGGCACCGAAUAAGACACGAGGUGUUAGCAUUCUCUUCCACUCUGAUUGGCAAUUUAAAUGUGAAGUAGAAUACAAAAGCCCCGAUGGCCGGCUUCUAAUACUAGUAGGACUCUUAAAUGACGUCCAGGUGACGGUAGUCAACCUCUACGCCCCCAACACUAACCAGUAUGACUUCCUUAGGAAAGCUUUACAACAAGUAGACAAGAAGAAGAAAGGGCAGACGCUUAUAUGUGGAGACUUUAACUGCGUACUGGACCCAGCUCUAGAUAGGACCGGCAAACCCUGUUCCCACUUGCGAUCAACACAGCUAGGGUUGAAAGUGACAGCACUCCUCAACUCACACGGCCUACACGAUACAUGGCGUUCGCUAUACCCAGCGUCUAAAGACUACACGUUCUACUCCAAGGUACAUGAUAGAUACUCCCGAAUAGACAUGUGUUUAGUGGAUGUGAAAACGCUAGAUACCCUGGAGGAGGUAUCGAUUGCCCCCUUGACUUGGUCAGACCAUGCCCCCCUUACUUCAGUCUUUACCACGCUCCACCCGGUCCGGGGUCGGGGACAGUGGAGACUAAACGAAUCACUGAUAGACAAUGUGAACAGGGCGGCCGAGAUAAGGAGUGCCUUGGCGCACUACUUUGUAGAUAACCACUACACCGACACGAAUGUCGCAAUGACAUGGCUUGCCCAUAAGGCAGUAAUGCGCGGUCUGCUAAUACGACAAGGGGCAAAACUGAAGCGCCAACUGACAGAAAAAAGUAAGACCCUACUGGCCGACUUAAAACAAGCAGAAACACGACACAAGACCUCCCCCACACACUCCAACAGGCAGGAGGUACAGAAGUUAAGGGCCACUAUAGAAGCACUACAGAUGCAGCAAGUGGAACGGGCAAUUCGUAAAAUGAAAACCAACUACUACAGACAGGGUAACAGAGCGGGCAAAAUAUUAGCCUCCCAACUCAGGGAACGCACCUCGCAGGUAAAGAUCCCAUAUAUUAAGGACGACACGGGCACCAAGAUUAGAAACCCCAAAGCGAUAGUAGACAAGUUUGCCCAAUUUUACGCAAGGCUAUAUAACCUGUCUGAGGACACCAACCAACACCAACCCAGUCCCCAAAAUAUUAAUUCCUUCCUAGACGGAGUGACUCUCCCUCGACUAUCCGACGAACAGGCGGCUGCACUGACCAACCCAAUUGAAGCAUCUGAAGUAUCAAAGGCUCUACACGAUACGCCCAGACACAAAGCCCCAGGCCCAGACGGCUUCUCAACCCACUACUACAGGGUUUUUGAGGACCAGCUACUCCCCCAUCUCACGGCCCUAUUCAACCACAUUUUAGAGUCGGGGGAGAUACCCCCGGAAAUGUUGGAAGCCACCAUUAUUACGCUCCCUAAACCAGGCAAAACUACUGAUACAUGCGCACACUACCGCCCAAUCUAACUCCUCAACGCUGACACAAAAUUGUUCGCCAAGACCCUUGCAAACAGAAUACGCCCUACACUAGCUCAAUUAGUAUCCCCAGAACAAUCAGGGUUUGUCCCGGGGCGACAAGUAGAAGAUAACACCAGACGAGCCCUUGACGUAAUGGAACUCAUGAUUAGAGAUCGAUCACAGGGCUUAAUAAUGGCCUUAGACGCAGAAAAGGCCUUCGACAGACUCCACUGGGGUUACAUGACAGAGGUCCUGCGUAGAUUCAACUUCCCGACAAAAUUCCUAGCUGGGCUCUUAUCCCUCUGCUUAUCCCCCCAAGCCACAGUCAUGAACUCUGGUUUCAUUUCCAGCAGAUUCGCCCUAUCGAACGGCACAAGACAGGGAUGCCCCCUAUCGCCCCUCAUUUUUAUCCUGGCACUGGAGCCCCUGCUCCAUAAAAUCAGGACUAACCCCUGCAUCCUAGGCGCCCCCUCCCCGACAGGCCCGCAAAAAAUGGCAGUGUUCGCGGACGACAUCCUUCUCUUCCUAACAAACCCGCCGGACUCCCUACCCGCCCUCCUGGACCUACUACGGGACUACGGCCAGGUCUCAUACUACAAAAAUAAUGUAGCGAAAACACAGGUACUCCCGAUGAAUAUGCCCAGUUCACAACUCACGGCCCUACGAACGUUAUACCCCUUUGAAUGGAGGAAGGAUACCAUUUCCUAUCUAGGCACACAACUAGCACCCUCCAAACAGCUCCUCAUAAAACAUAACCACGGGCGACUCAUAGCAAAAAUAGAGCAGGUGCUGGAGGGCUGGGGAAGCAAAAACGGACACACAUCCUGGUUGGGGCGCAUAAACGCCGUGAAAAUGAUGAUACUACCGCAAGUAUUAUUUCUAUUCAGGGCCCUACCCAUCAGUCUACCAAACUACACCCUCCGAGCAUUUCAGCGACUCAUCAACGCACACAUAUGGAGGAAAAAACCACCCAGAGUCUCACUAGCAAAUAUUAGCACAGCCAUGGGGGGAGGCGGGGUGGGUGUGCCACACAUAACCAAAUACUACCUAGCAACAAACAUAUCUCAGACGGCGCGCCUCCUCCCCACCUCGAAUUGCCCACUGUGGCACCAACUGGAAAGUGCUGUCUGUGCACCUCACUCCCUUAGGGACCUGGUCUGGAUCCCAGCCAAGGCCCAACCUCGACUCACUAACCCUCUCGCAACAACCAAGCUGUCCCUGCAGCUAUGGCUGAGAUGGGCCCCAAAAAUGCUUAGUGUAAAGAUAGAGACCCUUGCCCCACUGACAAGUCUCCAGCACCACACACAUGACCUGGAUCUGGGCGAGUGGGUAAAUAGGGGGCUGACGCAGAUAACUCACCUCUAUGAAGCAAAUGGGCUCCUAGCGUUCCCGGACCUCCAAAGCCAAUACCACCUACCAAACAGCGAAAUAUUCACAUAUUUACGCAUAAAACAUAUCUUAGGGGCCACCGGCAAGGAAAGGACACCAACACAACCCCAAAACCACUUUGACUUGCUAUGCCAAGGUCAAAAAACCCCCAAAAAACCACUCUCCCUGUGUUACCAUAGGUUGCUAGACAUAGAUAGACCGGCCAAACAAUCAUACAUGCUCAAAUGGGAAAGAGAAUUGAACUGCGAACUCGAGCAUGGGAAGUGGAUAGGGGCCAUGACACUGGUUAAACGGGCGACAAAGUGCUUGGACCAUGUAGAAGCAGCCUACAAGAUGUGGAUGCAGUGGUACUACACGCCACACAGAUUGGCCCAAAUAUACCCAGGGGUGCAGAAUAGAUGCUGGCGCUGCAGCCAACAAGGGGGAAACACGAGCCACAUAUUCUGGUAUUGCCCGGCACUCAGCCAAUACUGGCAACACAUCCAAGACAUAAUUACAUCCAAACUAGGAAAACAAUUACCACUCAAACCCGAACACUAUCUGCUCCACAUGCUACCCCGAGACUUUACAGCCCAUGAAGCAGUGCUGACUACCCACAUCACCUUAGCAGCUAAAACGUGCAUAGCCGCCUUGUGGAAAACAACGACAGUACCUGACAUAAAAACAGUACUCGCCAAAAUAAGCCUCACCCGACAGUACGAGCAGAUGGCACAUACAAUAGGUGGCACAUUAGAACACUACAACAGGACAUGGUCCAAGUGGUGAUGCCUGGGUGAAGGACGAAUUACGCCCCAUCUAGCUGACAAACUAUGCCCCACCUAGCCUCCAAGCACGAGAGCAUCUCUCCCCCCCCCCGUACUACACCCUUAUCCCAGUUCACCCCCCCCCAUACACAAAAUAAGGGCUUACGUUGCCCUAUCGAGCCUUAAAAUAUGAGAUGAUGAGCAGGUGAAUUAGUUCCCAGUCUACAAGACACGACACUACACAAAUAAACAAGCAACACGCAAAGGUGAUACGAACCCGGUUGCUAACCAUCGGGCCCACCCCAAAGAAGAGUGGAGGAUACAGGUGGGAGGCUGACCACCGGAGGCCAGGGAGAAGCCACUUAGAGGCAUGAUAACACACACCAGAAAGCAUGCCCAGUCUACCGGGUACUAAAAUCAGGGCACUACCCACCACCUGUAACAAAAGCAUGAUUGUUGCUUGAAACAACACUCUGUACCAUUACUACGAGGAUGUACAGUAAAAUGCCAUUGUACAAUGUUAUCACUAUAUACUCUCUGUUGUGCAAUAUGUAUGAAACGUAAAAUGUAGUUUAAAGUGUCAAUCCGAAACCUUUUCAUCUCAAUAAAAAUGAAACAUUUUAAAAAAAAAAGAAUAAAAAUGUUGCAAAUGUAUACUUCAGUGUUAAAAACUCAGAGGUUUUUGUGUUAGGAAAAAGAAGACAAAUUUAAAUUGAUUCUAAAGAUUCUGACAUCAAGCAAUGGUUAGGACAGGGCUGUUAAGCACUCAGGUGUUGUAAUUAUUCCACACUUGCAGGAUUCUUGUAAUGAUAUAAUAGACAUUGCUCGGCUUUGCUGAGAAAUCUCCUACUCUUUAUUUACAGACACCCUAAAAAUGCUCUAAAUCCUUAAUAUGGAAAUAGGGAUAUUUAUUUCCCAUAGUGUAAUUAGUAUUUGUAACAAACACAUGUAAUUCAUUAUAUCAGUUUUACUCUUUGGGGCCUAAUGGAGCAAGUAAAAGGGAGAGGGCGGGAAGGAGGCUAGUUUAGUUGUACUAAGGCUGGUGACUGAAAGUACAAACAUCACUCAAAAUGGAUGCAUUCUAACCGGAUAUGCAAUUCUCAAAUUUCAAGGGACACUAUAGUCACCAGAAAAACUACAGCUUUGUGUAGUCAGUCUCUGCAGCUUUUUUAAUGUAAACACUGCCUUUUCAGAGAAAUCUUGAUCAUCAUCAUAUAAUCAAAGGGAAAUAUUGGAUUCAGUGCUUCUCUUUAAAAAGCAUUUGAUUGGAUGAGAGCGGCACUUGCCAUGCAUGUGCUUUUCGUCCACAGUGCUUAUCAAUGAGAAUCAUUGGAUUAAAUAGGAAGCCAAGGAAGCAAUGCCUUGACUGUGGGAUGACAUCACCAGAGACAGAGCAGGUGUCAGCACCAAGUGAGUAUCCGUAGUGGGGGGGGGGGGAAAAGGUAAGUAAUAAUCUUUUCCCCCUUUUUAUUUAAAGGGACACACUACCAAAAAAAAACCAAAACCAAAAUACAUCUCUGUUUAGUACAUAUACCCAAGUGAAACAUGUAUGCAUGAAUUAGUGUUUUUUUUUUCUUGGGGUAUAUUUAAAAACAAAUUACAAAAGCUACAGUUCUCUUAAAAAUUAGGCCCCCCUCCCCUUUUUUUUUUUUUUAAAUACUUUUAUUUCUAUUAGGGCACUCACCGUUGGCAUGGAUGGGGGCAAGGGGAGGGGUCAAUAGUUUCCCCACUUUAUUCUAAAUAUUAAUUAAUAUACAUUGGCAUGGGUGGGGACACUGGAGGGGACAAUAUGUCUCCAACAUUUAAUAACUAUUAGGGCCCCAACCAUCGGCAUGUGUGGGGGUGGGGACUAUAGGUCCCUCUCUUAUUGUUAAUAUUAGGGCCCCCACCUGCCAUGCCCCCAUAAAAUGUAAUUUUACAGGCUGUUAUUUCCACUGGGUUUUUCCUAAUAUCUGGUCAGCAGGGCCGGACUGGGAAUGAAAAGCAGCCAUGGAAAAAAAUUCUAUACCGGCCCCAUAAUGCAUCGCGCCAGUUUAGUGUGCAGAUAAGAAAGCGGGAAAAAAAACAACUGAAAACUGAAAACUAUCACUCAAACGUGAAAGAAAGCACUCAUAGGGCUUCAAAAUAAACAAAAGAGCGGAUUUGUUGUAAGCUGACGUGUAUUUGUAUAUAAUCCAUGUUUCAGUCCAUUUUCUUGAUAUAUUUAGAAAAGUUUGGUCAUUUGGACUGAAAUUGUAAAUGUAUGCUAUUGCACAGCAGUAGAAAAUGAUGUCAUCUUGUAGGUUGUUUUUUUUACGUAAUAAGAGUUUACUCUUCGCUUUGGCUGACAACUGGAUAAAUUUCAGUUAGUGCCAAUUCAAUUCCCAUAGGAAAGCAUUGGGGGCCUAUUGCACAUGUGUGGCAUCAAUGCAUCUCUAUGGGGAGCGAUCAGCGCCUCCAUGCAGAGUGUGCAGCACUGGACUAGGAAGCAUCUCUAGUGGCCAUCUGAGUGACUAUCACUAGAGAUGUGCAUAGGCAGCAGUGUAGACACUGCCUUUCUCUGAAAAGGUAACAUUUACAGAGAGUACAGGGACAGGCUAUAGACACCAGUGUCACUACAUUAAACUGUAGUAGUUCUGGUGACUAUAGUGUCCCUUUAAUACAACGUCUUUCUCUCACCGGUCGACUCUGAGUUACAAGGAGAGCAGGAGACACAAGUGAAGAUGCAUUUUGUUUGUGUCUUCCUCCCCCAAGCCCCUUUCAUGUGUCUCUUAGCCCCAGCCCCAUUUUCUAUUUCUCUGUUUCCCCCGCCCUUCUGUGAGUGUCUUUCCCAGGCCCCAGCACCUCUAUGUGUAUCUUUCCCCACAGCUCCUCUGUGUGUCUCAUUCUCCCCUUUCACAGCCCCUCUGUGUGAUUCUUGUUCGUCUUCCUCAGCUCGUCUGUGUGUGUUCCCCUUUUCCAACCCCUCUGUCUCUUUCUCCCCACACACCUCCAUGUGUCUUUUUACUCCCCAGCCCAUCCAUGUGUCUUUUUACACCCCAGCCCAUUCAUGUGUCUCAUAACCCACAGCACUCCAUGUGUCUCAUUCCACCCUCUUCAGUCUUCCAUGUAUCUCAUAAGCCCCCCCAUGUGUCCCAUUAGCCCCCAGCCCUCCAUGUGUACCACUAGCCCUUCCUCCCUGCCCUCCAUGUGUACCACUAGCCCUUCCUCCCUGCCCUCGAUGUGUCCCACUAGCCCUACCUCCCAGCCCUCCAUGUGUUCCUAUAGCCCCCCCAGCCCUCCAUGUGUCCUAUUAGCCCUCUCUCCCAGCCCUCCAUGUGUCUCUCUAGCACCCUCCCAGCCCUCAAUGUGUCCCAAUAGGCCCCCUCCCAGCCCCAAUCUUUCCCAGUAGGUCCCCUCCUAGCACCCAUGUGUCCCAUUAGCCCCCUCCCUGCCCUCAAUGUGUCCCUAUACCCUCUCCCAACCCUCCAUGUGUCACUAUACCCUCCUCCCAGCCCUCCAUGUGUUUCUAUGCCCCCUCCCAGCCCUCCAUGUGUUUCUAUACCCCCAUCCCAGCCCUCCAUGUUCCCUUAUACCCCCUUCCCAGCCCUCUGUAUGUCCUUAUACCCCCUUCCCAACCCUCCAUGGGUCCUUUUCCCCCCUCAGCUCUCCCUGUGUCCCAUUAGUUCCCCUCCCCAGCUCUCCCUGUGUCCCAUUAGUUCCCCCCCAGCUCUCCCUGUGUCCCAUAAGUUCCCCAGCUCUCCCUGUGUCCCGUAAGUUCCCCAGCUCUCCUGUGUCCGUGGUUCCCCCAGCUCUCCUGUGUCCCAUUUGUUUCCCCUCCCAGCUCUCCCUGUGUCCCAUUUGUUCCCUCCCAGCUCUCCCUGUGUCCCAUUUGUUCCCAGCUCCCUGUGUCCCAUUAGUUCCCCUCCCAGCUCUCAAGGUGUCCCAUUAGUUCCCCCCAAGCUCUCCCUGUGUCCCAUUAGUUCCCCCCCAGCCCUCCCUGUGUCCCAUUGGUUCCCUCCCACCCUGUGUUCCAUUAGUUCCCCCCCAGCUUUUAAUGUUUAGCAGACCUGCCCCACAUGCCAGAUUCCAGGUAGGUGCAUAUAGAGGUUUAAUACGGCAGCAAUGGCUGCCCUGUCCCUAAUUUUUAAUGUUAAGCAAAUAUGUCCCCACCUGUGCCAUACCUCCAUUAUAGCAAUAUGGGGUCUUAAUUAUUUAUUUAUUUAUUUUAUUUACUUUAGUAAUGUGACGCCUGGCUAGCAAGCGCUGGUCAGGUGCCACAUAAUGUAAUUCACACAUCGCCAAAGGAUUUCAAAAACACCCAAUGGGCACAUAGCUCCUCAAAUUAUGAAUUAAUUUGAAAAAAAACACAAAUUAAUUAUAAUUUGCAAACGUGCAUCCUGCCUCAUGCAUUACUUUUAUCAUUGGCCGCCAUGUGGUCAUCAAUAAAUCUCAGAUUCCAGUGCUGUACAUUAGUUUGGAUGCAAAAAUCUAAAAUUUUCUGAACUCAUCCAAACAAAUGUUACAGAAUUGAUCAGACCAAUCAAAUUCUGACUGCAUUUGGUUUUAUUAUAUAUAUAUAUAUAUGUCAUUGUUUAGUGAAUAACUCUGUUAGUGAUAAACUGCUUGAAAAUGGUUUAACAUAGAAAAGAUAAUGAAUUAACAUGACAUACCCAGAUAUAGAUUUUAAAGUCUUAUUCUAAAUAUUUUCAUUUGAAACAAACUGUUUUUUAAUCAUGGAAUAAGAACAUGAAUGUCUAAUCCAAGUUAGUAAUAAAAUCCUAAACCUGUUUUUCUAGAAACUUGAGCUAUUGUACAUUUUUGGGAAAUUAGGGAUGUGCACAUUUGUACUAACCCAGCUUAUUGUGAAUUGUCUUAAUCCAGGUGCCUGUGCGAUGGACAGACGUCAGAACACAUACAUAAUGGAAAAUGGCUUCAAAGGUAGGGAUGCUGGAAAUCAGUGAGAGACUGAAUGGCAGGGAGUUGUCAUCAUAAAGCAGGUUUUAUUGGGCAAAAUUAGUGGCAAUAAUGAAUGCGUUAAGUAAGAGUAUGGCUGUGUAGAACAUGAAUUUUGGAAUUUAAAAUCUCAAGUCACUACUGUUAAAAAAUAUAUAACUAAUACUUGUAUAAAACAGUGCUUUCUCCGAUUGCUCACAGUCAUACCUUCAUAUACACAUACCACCUGCAAUCAUACCUUCAUAUAGCUACAUUGCUGUGCAUUUAUAUCUCCAUAUAGUCAUGCCACCAAUUGCAAACCUUUACAUAUUGCUAUGCCUUCACACCUACAUAUUAUACCUACUUAUAACUAUAAUGCAAGAUAUCUACAUAACCAUAUCGACAUACAAUCCUGCCCCCAUAGAACCCUACCACGAAACAUUCAUACCUUCACAUAACCAUACUGCAAUACCUCCACUUAAUCAUAUUGGCAUGCAGUCAUACUUUCAUGUAACCAAAGUGCCAUACAUUCAUGCCUCCAUAUAAUGUGGGUUCCAUAUAUACAUAUUUUCAUAUAACCAUACCGCUAUACCUCUGCAUAACCAUAUCAGCAUAUAAUCAAAAAAACAUAUAAUCAUUGUGUCGUACGUAUCUCCAUAUAGCCAUACCGCAAAGCAAUCAUAACACUAUAUGAUUAGAUCACCAGAUAAUUCACAUAACCAUGUCACCAUAUAAUCAUGCUUCUAUAUAACUGUAUUGCUGUACAAUCAUAACUACAUGUAACCAUACAGCCAUACCUUAGCAUAAUCAAAACUUCAUGCAAUUAUACUGCUAUAUAACAAUACUUCCAUUAUACCUUCAAAUAACCAAAUCUUCAUACUACCAUACUUCUGUACAACUUGCCAGAGUUUUUUCCAUCAUUACUCUCUGGUUUUUUAAUCUUCAGUAUUUGAUAAUACUGAUAUGUCAAGUUACUGCUUCAGACUGGUGACUCUGUUGUAGGUUUUAACCCUGUAAAUGCAACGUUUAAAUUAUACAUCUGUGGCCAAGGCCAAACAGUUUGCAAUGGACAAAUCCCUUAGAUGUUACAGAGACCCAUGAUUGCAGUGCUGCAUGACUAAGUUUGCAAGUGUCAGGUGUGUACUGACUAACAAGGUAGGAUUAAUAUGGUAUAGAUAGUCAAGGAUGGAAGGACGAGUUGCCAACCUUAGAGUGGUUGGAGUUAACAUGCCAUGCAUUAUUAAACAUUAUUAAUGUUUCAAGUAAUGUCCCUAAAAAGAUAAAAGAAAAAAAUUUCUUAAUGGAAAGGACAGAAAAAAACCUACACCAAAAUAGGCAUUGAGUGGAUAGGAAAAAAAUCCCCCUCCCCCAAAACGGGGGGUGGUAUUAAAAAAUCUGAAUAAACUAGAAAUCUGGGUCUAAAGCUAUUAAAAAAAAAUCUAUCUGGGAAAAAAAAAGAAAACUGUGUAAAGAAAAAACACACUUCAAAUAGGUGAAGCAGCAAAAACAAGAAUAUGCCCAGGUAGUUUAGGGGCUCCAGACGUCAGGGUAAUCGUGUAGUUAGCCAGGUGUCAGUAAAAGCAGCAGACAGAGAUUGAUUUAAAAAAAAAAAGCUGGGUCACAAACACAGAUAACUGAGCAACUAGAAUCAAGACACAGCAGCCAACAUUCCUGUGAUGUCUAAACCACAAAUGGUACUGAUGGCACUAGGGAAUGAGAACGAAUAUACCUGGCUGUGUCACUACCAAGUGGUGGCUGUCACACAGGAUGUCCAGGUGUUGCCAGCUUCAAAUAGUCUGCUAAGAUGCGUAAAUAACACUGGUGGGCCCGCAUUCUUCACAAUGUCCCCUCCCUGAAAACCACUGUCUGGGCAUGUACCAUCUGGCUUCUGCAAAAAUUUGUCAAAUAACUUUUAGACUCUCUAGUCUUACCUGUUUCUGUGCAGAGAGUGUAGUGAGGAAGAUCAUGAAGACUGUUAUUUUUGUUGCUGUUUUUUUGACAAUCAAAAAAUUAUCAACAUUGUAUAACAGUAAGUAGAGGAAUAGUAAUAUACAAUAAUAAGACAUCGAUCAGAUAUGAGGCUGUUUUGUGCAUUCUUUACCCAAGGUUAUUUCCAAGUAUGAUAAGUAAAGCACAUAUGCUAUGACUAAGUGCCCACACCCGGUUCAACUGGAUGGUGGGUUGGGUAUCACCUCCCCUUCUCUUUGUGCAGCAAGCAUACCUUAUCCCUACUCAGAAAUUUAAGCCACUCCAGCUCACUCGGACAAUGGGAUAUAGGUAAUGAUGGAAGAAUAUGAAGACGAUGGUAGCGAUAGGAUAGAAAAGGGGGGAGGGGCCCUCGGCAAAGGGUAAGAGCAUGUGUGCAUUGUAUGUUUUUAGGUCAUCCUCUAGACACAUACUGGAUCCAGGGUGAACAUGUGGCUAUGUAUUUUACGGUCAUCGGGUUGGCCGAUUGCUGCCUCCAUCAUAUUUAUUUCAUCAAUUCGCUACAGCCAUUUUGUAUGCUGAGGGCAAAGGUCGGUCUUCCCGAGGAGCGGAAUCAGGCCCCUCCUCCUCCAUCAACGUGUAUUUCUUGAGUGACUUUUGUACAAAUCACCAGGAAAGCGAAGUGUUCUGUAGCAUCAUGUUAGGCAUUAAAAGAAGAUUGGAUCCCGGGAUUUCCUCUAUAUGCCUGUUGACAUCUCUCUAGUAUGUUGCCAGGUUUGGAUAUGCCUGGAAAAUAUGUAGCAUAGUACCCCAAGCGGACUGACAGCGCCAGCAGAGGUUUGGCAAUUUUGGUAAUAUUCCGUGAAGGGUCGUUGAGUGUCAGUACCAUCGGCUUAGGAUAAAGAGGGAGCUUUUUCAGGAGCAGGUUAAUUUUUUAAUAUUGAUCCUCUCCAUCCAAGAAAGGUCCAAUACUUCAGGUCACUUGUUAAGCAGGUCAAGAUCAGUAAGAAGUUUUGCCUAUAUAGCUUGAAUACUUCCCAAACCCCGAGAUCGCUCAUCUGAGAUUUACACCCCAAAUGGGAAUCCAUCCCUGAUCUGCCGAAAUUGAGAAGUCGUCACCUCGGAUUCACAUAACAGAGUCUCAGACUUGCAUGUUCAGUUUCAGGUUUGAGAAGCAUCCAUAAAGUCAGAGACGUACUAAAAAGCACCGGUAGUGACACAGCCAGGUUAGAAAUGAAAAACAGCAUGUCAUUGGCAAAUGCCAAGACUUUGUUCUCUCUGCCCCUAAUCCUGUAUACAUCCCACGAUAUCUGGGCUUGUUCUAACUGCUGCCAAAAGCACCUCGAGCGUCAGAACAAUAGUAAAGGUGGCAGCAGGAAGCCCUGUCUUGUUUCAUUCGAAAUGCUGAUCUACUCCGUCAGAGCGCCAGUUAUGUCAAUCCAAGCUGUAGGUAUGGUGCACAUAUCUCCUAUGAGUUUAAGAACCUGGGAAACCCCAUGCAUUUCAAUACAGCCACAAUGAAUCCCUAGUCUACUCUGUCAAACGUCUACUCAGCAUUCAUUGACCAGAGCAGAAGGGGAUUAGCCGUUGAUUUGGCCAGAUAAAUGAGGUUGAGUGCCUGCAUCAUAUUGUCUCCUGCUUCCCAGCUUGAAACAAAGCCAGAUUGGUCCCUGUGGACCAUCUCCAGCAGGAUGCGAUCUACUCGAAGGUCAAACACUUUGGCAAGUAACAAAAUCGCUCUAUAAUUGGUGCUGAAUGUGUUGUUCUUUCCUUCCUAUGGUAGUAUGGUAUGUACGCUGCCAGUGAAUCUCUCCCAAGUCUACCGUUCCCCAGUAGUGAGUUGAAUGCUUUUGUUAACCCCUAAGAAUAUCCCCGAAAGUUUUAUAGUAGCUAGUGGGUAACUGUCUGGACCCAGCAAUUUUCCUGUCUGAGAGUGCCUGAUAGCCAAACGCGAUUCGUCUUCAGUGCUGUUGGUGUCCAUUUACUCCUUGUCGUUGUUUGCGAUGCUGGUCGUCACAUAUUCAUCCAGAAAGUCUCUCAUAUCUUGGGGUGCUUCUUGAUCAAAUAAGCCGGUCUGGAAGGGUCAGAUGUUGUUAUAAUUAUGAAAUGUGGAACAAAUGUCCUUUGGGAAUGGCUACAAAUGCCCUGUGGGCGUUUUAAACUUGUGGAUACGUGUUUGCAUCCGUUGCUUGCGUAAUAAGUUUACCAACAUCCGUCUACACUUAUUGGAAUGUUUGUAGUAGGACUUUUGAGAUUUCAAAAGAAGAUGUUGUAUGUUCAACUGCAACAGGUCCAACAGAUCGUGACAUGCCGCAGUCUGUUCCCUAUAAGUGUUUUCAGAGCCGUCUGCCUUAUGGCUUCAGAAGUAGCGCUGAAAGUGCAGAAAUAAACACUGAAAGCUGUGGAAAUAUUGAUUGUUACAGCAAAGUUCAUCCAAGGCAACAAGUCUGACCUAUUGUCCUUUUUCUCAGCUACAAAACGUUUUGCUCCAGAGCAUGCCUAAGCAUGUUUUGCCCCAUUGGUUUGGGGGUGAAAGGAUGAAGAAAGCAUCAAGUAGAUAUCUCUGAUUUAAAGUGCCUUCCAAAUUGUGCUACAAACUAGCUCCCUCUAUCAGCUACAAUGUCAGUAUAGAGACCAUAUAAUCAAAAGAUUUCUUAUAAUUAUCUAGAUGUGGGGAUUAUAUUCAAAUGUAUGGUAUGUGCAAUCUUAGAAACUUAAUUACAGACAUCAGUACUAUACCAGUACUAUAGUGUAUGUUUUAGAAAUAGGUAAUUCAGGAAGUGGAGCUUAACAGCGCACCGGAGAGCUCGCCAUUUCUCUUAGCUCUGAGUGUCCGUGACCUAAUCUGCUAAAAACCUACGCAUCGAGCCUCAUCCAACCUUCAGACUGACGGGCACUGCCUCCAGACAUUGUGCUGAUUUUUUUUUCUCCUGAACACAAAAUACCGCAGCCGGGGAUUUAAGGCUCAUCACAUGGUCAGGCGACCCCGUGAGUUUGACGGGGGAUAACAAGUGUGGGAUAACAACCCGACCGCGACACUACUACUGAGAUGGGGCGACAAUCUCAAAAAAACGCUUCCUCUUGCCUCUCAACCAACCUUGCCAGCCCAGGCUCAGGCUUCGCAGGAGGCCUGACCACCAAUGACAAUUGAAAUAGACUCCCUACGCAGCCCAGCUGUAGAGAAGCCUAAUCAAGAGACCCCACAAGAAGCAGACAACUCUGCCCCUGCAUUCAGCUCAUGCUUGCCUUCGAGGUCAGAGAGCUUCUUGAGUCAGUGCCCUUAGACAAGCUCACACAUUUUAUCAGAUGUCUGGUGUCCUCAUUCUAUCUGACUAGAUUAGCCUGAUGACAGCGCUCAAGGGGAAGACACCCUAUGAAUUUGAGUCAUGUCACAUCACCCUCUUUCAGGACUUGAGUAGGUACACAUUGCUCUGGCGUAAAUCCAUGUAGCCCAUUACCAAGGCUCUCCAAAAUGCUGGACUAUCCUACCGUUGGGCAACUCCUGCGUCACAUAUAGUCACCAAGGAUGGGAAAACGCACAAGGCCUCAGAUCCCAAUGAAGGUACGACUAGCGUAGAGUGGUCUAUCCGACCACAGCAUAACCUCACAAGGACAGCCUCGAGUUCACUCAUGGAGCGUGGAUAACAUACAUAACUGCAUUUGUGCCCAGAAAUGUAGGAGAUUCAACAACCUGACCCAUCCCCUGCAAUCCAUCUACAAUAUAUAUGUUUGCAUUGUUUUUCUUAUGUUAUUAUUGUUUUACUUAAAAGUUCUCUAGUGGUUUGAUACCUUAGGUGGUUGAGAGAGCUGCUUUGCCCUGUUUCCAUAUAACACGUGUAGGGUCUUCCAGGGCUGUGUCACCAUCACCUCUCAUGUUUAAACCCUAGACGCAUAUGACUGGCUAAAGCCGGCUCAGGCAACUCUUUUGUGGCUCCAAUUUCUGUAUAGCUUUUACCUAAUGUCCCUUUCUAUAGCUAUAUAUGCUGUCCACUUUCACCUGGCAUGACCAUAUAUAGUCAACCAUUAUCAACUAUGUUACUGCCAGGGCACCUUAAGUGCUGAUCCCAGCACAAUACCACUGUAGUAGAGGUAGUUAUUAUAGUGACCCACAAGGAUCUAUCCUAGGAGUUUUAAUGCGGGCUAGGGGUUUACAGCAUGCAACAUAAUAUUUUACAUAAUUUCGUAAAGAGGGCCACCGUUAGAAGUGUGACAAGUGGUUUUAGAAUGGCAAGCAGACUUGAAAUCCUGUAUAUAUUGAAAGAGGGUGGUUGGCUUUUCUCACUUGGAAGAAACAAGCACUUUUUUUAUUUGCAUACAAGUUUCAAAAGGAAAUUUUAGGCUUAAUACAAUUAAGGCUAUUAUUUGAUUUCUGAGAAGGGUUUAGGAGAGAUCAAAACAUCACCAUUUACAUAAAACUGCUUUGUACCAGGUCUGUAUGUGAUUACGUAAGAAAAACAAGAUAAUAUGCCUUGGGUUCAAUAUCUUGGCCUUGUUGAUAUAUUGGAUAUCUGUUAAGACUGUUAGAGGGGCAUUGGUUCCUUCCAAAUGGUGAUAAUCAUUCAAUAAGAGCUAUAAUAAUAGCCAAUAACUCACUAUUGCCAACAUCAUAAUUACAUUCUGGAACAAUUCAUUUCUUCAAGAAGAACCAACUGGAAUGUAACAGGGCAUUGUAUGUCACUUUUUGAGAUAGAACAGCCCCUGCUCUUAUUUCUGAGGCAUCAACUGCAAGAGCAAAGGGAAGUAUGGUAUCUGGAAGGGCCAAAGGAGUAGCUGGGUGAAAGCGUUAUGAGUUUGUCAAAUGAUUGCAUUGCGGGUGAAUGGCAGUGUUUAGUUUUGGCUGCUUUCUUGACUAAUGCUGUAAGUGGAUUCACUGCUUUAGAGUAAGUUCUAAUAAUCUUACAAUAGUAAUUCAGAGAAUCCAAGGAAUCUUUGGACCUCCUAUAGACCCAGAGGUUGAAGCCACUUGAGAAGGCCGACAUCUCAAUUUCAUAGAAAUGAUAUACCCUAGAAAGGGCAUUGAUUCUUGCGCAAAUAGAUAUCUCUCUAGUUUGGCAUACAAAUGAGUCUUUUGUAACACUAAACACUAAAGUCUGAGUUUCUGUAACACUAAACACAUGUUUACGCCUCAAUCUGCAGACCCACCACAAACACAAGGAUAUCAUCCAUAUGUACAAUUACAAACAAGUUGGGAUAGUCCUUGAAAACACAGCUUAUGAACUCCUGAAAUAAUGUAGAGGCAUUACGCAAGCCAAAUUGCAUAAGUAAAUAUUCAAAAUGCCCAAUGUGUGUAUUGAAUGUGGUUUUCCACUCGUGCCCUUCCUUAAUUCAUGCAAGGUUUUACUCCUCAGGCAGGAUCAGUUUGGAAAACACGCUGUAUCCCUAAAUUCAUAUGAUCUGUGGAGAAGUAGUUUCUCAGAUUUCUUUUUUUUUUUUUUUUAAGACACUUUCAUAAUCCCUUUGGUUUCUAAGUACAGGUAUUGGUGGAGGAGGAAGCACAUGUUAGCAUGUACUGUUACUCGCAAUGAGUGGCCAUUGAUAGAGUGAGAGCAUCUCAUGACACUCUCAACCUAUCACCGGCCACCAAGACAUAGUUUCAUGUUCACUGUGGCGAACAAAAGGAAGUACAGGGUGACCGUGUGGACAGGAACUAGUGGGACAAUUUUGGGGUUAAGCCAUUUCAAAUUUGUUAAACCAUGUGAGGUAAGGCUCCGCCCAAGAACUUCAGUCACCAUUACAACUUAGUUGUGAUUAAGAGGUUUUGGAAUAGGGUAACCCUUUUUUUUAUACACACCCUCAUAAUCUCUUAUUGACAAAUGUUAACAACAAAGUCAAUUGAGUAUUUAUUUGACAUUAUAUGAUUUCAAAUUUCUAACAAGUUAGUUAAUCACAUAGCAUCAAUUGUCGGUGCUGUUUAUCUGAUGUUGACAAAUCCAGGAGCAAAAACCAGUUCAGCCAAACAACGAUUUCACGGCUGUCACUGGACAGACUAGCUAUGUGCUGGUUAUUGAGUUAAAAUUGUGUUAUUGGUUGCAACACUACCUGUAAUGAUGCAAACGUUCUGUGGAUGCAGUAUCAGCUCAAGAUUGUUUUGUCGGAAGCUUCAUGAAGUAAGCUCACCGUGUGCCUUACAAGCAGCUUGGCACUGCUCACUAGUAGAAUGCUAGUUACAUUUUGACCUUUUUGUCAUGCAUUAAUUCUUCCACAAUAUCACCCUUUCCUUACACAUUAUAUAAUUUGUAUUAUUAUGUAUUAUAUGUAUACAUAACACAAUAUUAUCUAUAAAUAACUUUAUACUUUACAUAUAACAAUCUCUACAGUGCAGCUGAAGAAAACUAACUCAAAAUUGAUUCACGAAUUAGUCCUGAUUAUCAAAAAACCCAAAAUGUCUUGGAAUUUCUGUGAAUUAAAAUAGUUUUACAAAUAAAACGUUGCAAAAUUUGGCAUGCUGAGAUUACAACUUUUAAAGUAGUAAAACUUCUACACAAAAGUAUAUAUUUGUGGAACGUAUUUAACCAGGCUAUUUAAUUAAGAGCAUUUUGACAUUUUUCAUUUAACCAUUUUCUCAUGAACUCCAGUCAAAAUGUUUAUUUACAUGUGUUUAAUUUUCGGCAAGUUUUGCAUGUCCUUCUGCUGUAAACACACCAUAUUUGUAUUGUGCUUCUGUUCUCGAGUACAGUGAUACCCCACAUGUAUACCUUUUCCUCUAAUACCUUAAAAUGUAAGCUUGUUUGAGUUGGGCCCUUAGCACCUUCUGUAGGGGGCGGACUGAGAACCUUUGUGGCCCCCGGGCAAAAUUAGAUCCCAGGCCCUUUGAAGGCCAAAUAUAUGCCACCAGAGUGAGGGAGGGAGGGGGUGACUAGUGACAGAGUGAAGGAGUGACUAGUGACAGAGGGAGGGAGUGACACCCCAUUUUUCCCUUGCUCCCUGUUAUCCUCCAUCAGGGACCCCACAACCUAUCAAUGGAAAAUAUAUUUUUUUUAUUUUGCCGUUCCAGUUGGAGAGAUCUCUAAUGCUGCAGUCAUCACUCUGAACAUUGCACAUAGCUUAUUUGUCAGUCUGGGGCUCAGCUUACAGAGGGAACCCUCUGAUAUCGAAACGGUUAAGGAAUUCAUCUCCGCAAGGGCGAAUGGAAGCUAACUCCAGCAACAAUACUACAAUAUCGAAUGAGAGUACCUCAUAAAAGAGGAUACCAGGCUGGAAAUAGGGGAAUGACACUUCAAUAUUUGACAGAUACACUUUCAAAAUAGUUUUAUAAAUGCUGACAUAACUGUAAGGGCCAAAUUCAGGUGCUCAAGGUCUGCUUGUAUGUAAUUCAGAUAAUUGUAUGUAAUAAUGAAGAUAUAUGGGCAAAAAAGAGGGAACACCAUUUGUGACUUUCUCAGCCAGUCAGUGCACAACAGCUUAAUUACUGAAGGCCGCCAUUAUUGUCCAAUGAAGACUGCUUCACAUUACUUUGAAGACCAUGUGCAUUAAUGUAUACAUUUUUACUUUGCAUAGCAAUAUGCAGGUUUAAAUUACUACUAAAUAGAAUUGUAAAGGAACACUCCAAGCAUCAUAACCAUUACUUCUUACACAGGGUCCACCAGGUACCACUGACACCUCCACUGCUGGGAUAAAAAAAAACUGUUGCUCUACCAUUUUAUUUCUACAAAUGACCUAACUCUUUGAAUGUGCAAAAUAUUUUUAUUGUGCAACAAAAUGUAAUAUUAUAAAUAUAAUAUAUGCAUAAGUUGUCAUGCCAUUUGCACUGAAACCUCUAAAUAAUAUCUGGUGCAACCAGUUGCAUUCAGAUUUAACAUAACUUGCAAAGUGGAGUUGGAGACUGCCUGUGUGCAAUUAAAGUGUAACAUGGUAGCAUAGAAUUGGGAUAUAUGAAUCAGUAUUGAGUCAUGUGAUAUCCCAAUCAUUGAACAUAACCUGGAGUACUUUAAAAUUAAUUUUUAAAAAGUAAAAAGAAUUUGGCACAAUAGCGGCUCGGCCAGGAAACCGAUCUCAACCAAAACGCAAUGAACGGCUUAGGAGUACAUUGGUCAAUGAAGCAACCAAUGUAAUUCUGAAGGAACUGGAGAGAUCUGCAAUUGAGAUGAGUUAACUAUCCCUGCAACAAUAUUAACUUAGACAUUCCUUAAAGUGGGGUUUCACGUUGAUGAUUUAAAUAAUGUAAAGUGAACCUUUCGUAACAGAUUCACUUCAUACUUAUCAACAACCCCUCUACUUCGGCACCACCACCUUGUAGGGGUUUGUGUGGUUUAAACAACUGUAACACCCACCUUCGCUUGCUCCCCUUGCCUGUUGGGAUUGGUCGUGCUUGUUGAUACUUUAUCAAGCAUGGCAAUCCUCAUUACGGACACUGCCAGCACACUGGCAUCAGCAGCAGUGUGAGGGUCAAGCUUGAUAACUGCCUGGGGCUGGGUUCUCUUGCUCCACAGCAUUAGACCUGUAUGCAACCAGCACACGUGUCUCAGGCCGAGGAUUUGAUUGACAGGUAGGGGAGGAGCCUACAUUUUAAAGUGAAUUAUUUUAAAAAGCUAUACAUUUGCUAGCAUAAUGUAUAGAUGGAAUUUAAUGCUCUUUGAAGUGAGAUUGGCUAGUGUGUGUCAUGAUAGAUACACUUUAAAGGGAACCUCUAAGCACUGUAUUCACUUCAUCAUAAUGACGUGAUUCCGUUACAUACGGUAUAUGCAUUCCUUUUUUGUUGGACAAUGUAAAACAUUGUUUCUGUGAAAUACAAUAUUUACUUAUUGACAAAAACACACACCUCUAGUUGCUGAAAGACAGCCAGCCAAAAUAGGUGCUUUCUCCUAAAUGUGGCAAAUGCUUUACAUAAACAAGCGUUGGUUUGACUUGAAUGUCUCACUGUGGGCAGAUAAGGCAUUUGCAAGGAGUUUGACAAAGUACCAGAUUGAAGAUAGGUUUAGAUGCUUUCACCAACAUUUUUUUUAACAAUUUAAAUCAUAAAAUGAAUACACCUAGUAUAAGAAUAAAUAUAUUUAUUUUUACCAUUCGAGUGUUCAAACAUGUCUUCCAGACACUAUAGUGUUAAACUAACUAUUUAGGCAUCCACCCCCUCCCUCUGUGUAGUAAAAACGUGAGUUUACUUACCUUUUCUCCCAUGCCGUAUCGGUCUCGCCAUGUCUGGACCCACCUUGCUCCGCCUCCAUGGCUGAGAUCAUCAGACAUGUGCGGCAAAAUGCUGUGAUGCUCCAGUCAGCAUCUCCCCGUAGAUAUGCAAUGCAUCCGGGGAAUAUUCAGCCCCUCCAUGCAGAAAGUCGAGCCGGUGAGCGACAGUGCUGCAUAAUGUGCCGCACUAGACUAGGAAGCACCUCUGACAGCCACCAGAGAUGUUCCUAGGCAACAAUAUAAACACUGCCUUUUCUAUUUAUAUUGAAGCUUUGACUCUGGCUUGUUUGCCUUCUGUGACAUCACCGUGAAAUUAUGUUCAUCUAAAUAUAUCAACAGUUUAUAUGUUUUGUUUUGUUAAACACAUAUUAUAGCUUCUUUUGUUAAUUGGACUUUAAAUGAGCCUUAUCAAAUGUGUGGAUUCUCUAUCAGUUCUCUUUGCAAAGUAUUUAUAGUUUUAAAAUGAAUUAAAGAAGUGUGUAGGGUUUGAUGUUGUGACUGACAGUAGGAUCCAUGGCUGGAGACCAUUCCUGAAUAUCAAGAAAAAUACAAAUAGGUACACACCCAAAUUUCACACCCUCUUAUAUCACUAGCAUGUCUGUUGAACGCACAAGAGAAAAGGCUUGCAAACAAACGAGUUCUGCGUAUACACACCUGUAGGCAGUACUUCCCCAUUUUACUGUGAGCAUUAUUACCGUGGAAACAACAAUCGUUGUGUAGGCAAAGCUACACACUGGAGCAAUCAAUGAACACAUUGUUCAAAACUCAUCUAAAAAGUUAUUGACUUCUUGCAAGUAAUUGUAAGGGUUAUUAACUAAUGUAAGAAUUGUUAAGUAUUCAAAGUGUAUUUUACAUUUAGUAGCCAAACUUGAAACAUAGCUAGUUUGGCUUCGUGUCCUUAUAGUUAAAAUUCCUUUGUAAUUCCAGACAAUGCUCACAUUAGUGAAUAACUUUGCUAGUGUAUGGUGUGUGUGGUUAAAUGGCCAGUAUGGUAUGAAAAAAAUGGUUCUGGUUUAUUUUAGAUCUGGUAGAUUUCACCUACUAUUAUUGAUACACAUAAUCGACAUUUUAUUAAAUGUGCAAGGUUCAGCUGCAGAUUUUUCAAGAGUAGAUAGGUUUAAAACAGUUGGAUUGCUAAUUGGUAUAAUGGACAGUUUGGUCACUGUGGUCAAAAGCCUGGCCAAUGAGAGCAAACACAGAGAACUUUUGGGCACUGCAGUUUCUGUGUUCAAUGUUUCCCACGAUAACCCACAAGACCAAAAAACCCAUCAACUAAGCAUCAUGGGAAACGUAGUCCAAAAUAUCUGCAAAACCAAAAGGUGAACAAUCGUAUUUGAUCAUGAGUAUCUCUAGCAAUUAAUGCAUUUCAACUGCUGACAGAGGUUUCUGUGAGUUGUAACUGGAAGUUAAUAUUUUUUCUGCAGUUACAGGUAUUUCAUGUUUCCCUACUGUAUUUGUUAUUUAAAAUUAGUAGCAUAUUGAUUUUUGAGAAGCACUUACUUGUUUAAAUGAAAUGGGGAGUAACAUAGUGAGCACAAUGUUCUUUAACAGUUUAAGGACACAUGCAGAACCAAAUGUGUUCCUUUCUCCUUCCACUAGAAGUUUGUAUCAUUCCAAAUUUCUUAAUACUUCCUUUUCUCCUACAUCAUCCUUCACCUGUUCCAUCUUGCGCAUGUUUCGUUGAACCUUAUUAACAUCAUAAAGUAUCCCAGAUCAGACAGAAUGCAAUCUAACCACAUGUUACAGCCAAUCCCUGUUUUUGCUUGGAAUGAUCUAUUUGCAUGAUCAUUAAAUAGUCUUAUUCUAACAUUUCAAAAGCUGGCACUACCCGCUCCAAGCACAGUCUGUUUUGUUUUUGGUUUUUUUCUUUAAACAGACACUAUUGUCUGUAAUAACCUUGCUGCCCCUCUCUAUUUCACACACAAAUCUGUUAUCUGCUACAAUCACCAGAUAGAUAAUGUGAAAAGAAUAGGAUUGUCUGUAACAGAAAACUAAAACCUAGCCUACUCCAUUUAACUACCUCUGAUCUACCAGUUUUUCUUACCUCCAAGACAUUCCACCCCUUGCCUUUUUUCCUUUUGCCUCCUGAGCCCCAUGGCAUAUCCCCCAAUUUCUUUGACUUGUGUUUGUUGCUUUUUGCAGAUUGUGUGAAAGAGUCAGGGUGCAGCUCCAGCACCUGCUCACUAAGCAGCAGUGAGAACCCUUAUGCAACCAUUACAGACCCCCCUGUGCAGUCCUACAAACACUCAGAGAACAGCUACGUGGAAAUGACAUCACCUGUCCAUAAAGACGCCCCAUAUUCAGAUAUACCACCCUCAUCCAAAGCUAAUAAAAAUGUAUAUGACGUGGGUAAGUGCCAGACUCCAUGCCAGCUGUAUAUAUGUAUGGCCCAACUCACUUCUAGGCACACGCCUUCUAAUUACAGGGCAUGGAUGGAACAUUCUAUUGGUAUAUUUAUAUAUACAUCUGUGUGUGGCUCUCUUGCUUCCUAUCUCAUUCAGUUAGUUUCUUUAAAAAAAAAAAUCUUCUUGGCUAUUGCCCUGUCAAACACCUGCUGUUAUCUUUAUUGAUCUUCUGGUGUUUUUUGGGAUACAAAAAUUAAAGGGUACAUGGGAGUAUUGUCACGGUUAACACUUUUGUUGUUGCUGUUAAACACCUAUAUUCCAGUGCAAAUAGCCCCUUAUUGCACGGGAUGAGCACGCAAUAUGUGUUCUAGAUAUACAAAAUAUUUGUACCUUCUAGGAAGAUGAAUGAAUGCAGGGAGUGACGCAAACUCAGGUCUUCACCUGGCCAUCACUUGUUAUGCCUGUAUUGGACUGUGUCCUCCUGCCAGGAUAGGUUGACUACAUUCCCAUCUUAGCAGACACCAUUGUCCCCAGUUACAUAGUUCAACUAUAGAUGAUGAUAUGUGAUCUGACCUUUCAACUACAGAGAUACAUUUGUUGUUUUUUUAAUCUUACAGACCAGCGCCAAGCACACUUAAUUUUUGACAGCAUAACCAACCUCUUUAUCUAUCAACUUAAGAUAGAGUUAAGCAGGGUUUUCCUCCCCAUCAAAAUUCAACUAGCUGAGCUUUUGUGCCAUGGUAUGACAUUUUUUUUUAUGGAACAGCAGUAGACUAGGUCAGGACAAUAAAGGUGAACUCGCACUUGGAAUGUCAGUUGACCAACCUUGAAAGUAUCUUCUUUGUCAGGGCCUGGACAAUUGAGCUGUACAAGAGGAAGAGCUUAUCCUAUAGUCAUCAUAAAUUCCCAAAGGACAUCAACAAAAACUGGUAUAGAUACAUUAGGGCACUGAACAGCUCUUUCUCCUGGGCAUCAGAGCAAAUAUGCCAGGCAGUUCAUCAAGUUAUCAGUUUUUCUUGUACGUUUUUAUUCAACCUUAUAUAAUAUAAAAGUAGAGAACAAAAAAGAAAAGUAGUGAAAAUUAUACAGGUGUAUAUGCCAAAAAACAACUAGAAAAACCAUGUUUCCACACAGUCCAGGGGUAAUUAGACAGGAGAGCUGCAACUCAAAACAAUUUAAGUACCACAAGACAUCAAUCCUAAACAUUGGGUUGGUGCAUGUAGCUGUGCUGUCAUCCAGCCUCCUGUUGUCCACACAGAAGCAGGUGUUUCUGUCUUUAGUAUAAGUACCAUGGGAGAGGCCCCAGGACUACAGCAAAGAUUAAAUUACUCUUAGGGCAGCAUGUAGCUAAUCUCAGCCUUUAUACUAGAAUGUACGGCUUCAGGUACUUGAUAAUAGGGCUGUUGGGUAGGUCUCUGUCUUGAUGUCUCUAAUUAUUAUUGUUAUUAUUGCCAUUUAUAUAGCACCAACAGAUUCCGCAGCGCUAAUGCCUUCUUUAUGUCAAGGUUCAAAAAUGUCUACUCACCUAGCGACCACUGCACAUCCAUUAAAGGAACACACCACUACCCAAAUAAAACCUUUUUUUUUUUUUACAGUUAAAAUCACUGUUUUAUAGAUAUACCCUAUAUGGAUUUAUGUAUACAUUUUUCAUUAGGGAUAUAUCUAAAAACAGCUUGCAAAAGCUGCAGAUCUCAUAUCUGCUGCCUUUGCAAGCCUUCCUCUUUUAACCCCGCCCAGACUGUCUGUGGCUGUCCAAUCACAGACAUUCCAGUGCAGCUCAAUGAGAAGUCUUUGCAAGGCAGGUGCUCUGAGCAAUUGCUACCACUUGAGUUUAGCUCCACUGAGCUGAAGAACUAGGGAGAAACGGGACUGGUUGUCUGAUUGAAAGCCAGAGGGUCUAACAAGAUUAUUUUAUAAAAUGUGCCAGUGAAAAGAAACAAAAAAAGCACAAACUCUUCACAAAUAAACUACUAGAGCAAGAUAAAGUGCUUUAGUGGUCUGGAGUGUCCCUUGAAUUUCUGCUUAUUUACUAACGGGAACAUGCUAGGCUUACAUACAGCCUUGAGAAAUUUGGUCCAGUUGCCUUCCUGGUCUCUGACUAGCAGGACACCUCAUCUCUCUCUAAACUAAAGUAUUGCUUCGGCAAAUCAUAUGGAAGGAUCUCUGCAAUGAGAUGAUCAGGCUUAUGCCUAAAAAGUUGUUCUGAUGUAUGAUGACAGAGCAGCACUUUCUUUCCUAAAUAGAUCUAUUAGACUUGAGGCUUGCCUGUUUGGUCUUGCCAAACCUUCCAUUUAGUUUCAGCCUACCAAAGGUCCUAAAAGGGAUCAAGCAACAAGCACCCAUAACUAAAAAGGGAGGGAGAAUCUAAUGGAUUAGUGCAGCACCUCUCUUUCAAGAAAUAGGACGGGGGCAGGCAUAGCUCCCAGUGAGACUCGGACUAUACAUAUAUACAGCAUACAUUUAACAUCAUUAAUCUGAGGAGAGUAGUGCAUUGAUCUGAAAGCACUACAAAGUUGCCAGAUCUGACGAAGCAAGUUGAACAUAAACUCCAGAUAAGCUAAAUCAAGCCAGACAUAAACUGUUUGCCUUGUUCUGUCAAAAUAUAAGUGGGGAAACCCACCCUUGUAAAUUAUUAAAAUGAACAGCUUAUCAACCGACUCAGCUGUGAUUUUGGAUUGUACCACAGUUUCUAUGUGGCACUAUAGUGAGGAUGCAUAUCUUGUCCUGAUGGCUUGACCUUGAAAAUCAGCCUUCUUCAUCCAUGACCAUCCACUGACGGUGUUCACAGACAAAGGAAGAGCCUAGAAGAGCAGCAGAGAAUGUUGCAAGUACAGCAAAACGUGGCCAUACGUAUAGCAUCCUCCACUAAAAUCAGGCUGCAAAGAUUAAUGCAAAUUACUGCUGUAAAAAGAAAUAUGUGUAGGGAGACAGGGAUGGGAGACCCUCUUGCAUCAUAAGCUAUGUAAAGAACAUGAAAUAAGGUGCUUGGAAUGACCAUUUAAUGAAUGUGGCUUACUACUGUGACAGAGAUGUACUUAUAUGUAUAUAAUAGCUUUGCUGUGUAUUUGCCAAAAGUACUAAAACAUAAUAGAUCACAAACAGUGGAAUGCAAAAGUGUAAUUUUUCAUUAAUAUCAUUUUUUUUUAUUUGACAACUUUUAUAACUUCACUUUGAUUAAUAAUAAUAACAAAAAUAUUUGUGCCAGGUGAUGGACUCUAGUUGAAUAGUGUUAUAAUAUAGCAUCAAACAUUUUGCACAGGAAAUGUAACUUUUUUACGUGUUGAAUUUGUAUCAUACAUAAUUACAACCUUUUAUGUGUUUGAUCUGUAUAAAAAGUUAAAAUCCAGGAGCCAAAAAGAAAAACUGUGUUGGGAUCCAAAAAUGUUAAAAUACAUAUUUGUUGGUGAUGUUAAAUAAUACAGGGUGCUUUUAUAAGACCUGCCUUUUGUGUUGGAGGAUUUUAACAGAGAACUAGCAUUACCAUUUUUUUUUAAUUCUCAUCAAAUUGCCUCCUUGAAGUAUCCCAAAUUAAUUUUCUGACGGAACAGAAUCCCAUUCAUUGAGCUCUGAAAAAUGUAGACUGAUUUGAUACAAAUAAUAACACAAAUGUGUAGUGUGCUUAUUAAAACAGAUAAGGAAGUAAAAUGCAGUUAGCAUAAAGACGAACAGAUAGGCUGUUAUAGGAUUGCAGCAUCCUCCAUGAAAGGAAAUCUAACCUAAAGUUCCCUAUUUCCUGCUUCCUCCUGGCUGUAUUGUGUUGACAAACAGAUAUUAAAUUGCUGAAUAUUUAUACUGGAGCAGAAUUGUGAACAGCUUUGCAUAUCUUGUCAAUUGAAUAAGACCUUUGGCAGAAAAACUCCAUUAAGAGUCAUUUUUAACUAUCCUGCACUCACUUGAUUAUAUCAGAAAUGUCUCUAGCUGGUAUCAGUGUUACUGGAAGAAGGGAGAAGAAAGCUGGAGGUGAAAAAAUGUUUAAAUGGAUACUAUUGACACCAAACAACUUUACCUUAAAGGCUUUCUCCAGACAUUUUUCGAGUUUUAAGAAUCCGGAAGUCCCUCUAGUGGCUGUUUAUGAAAACUGCAAUAAUUACACUUCCAGGGUUAAGGGUGAUGGAAGUUGGCACCCAGACCACUCCAAUGGGCAAAAGUGGUCUGGGUGCCUGGAGUGUCCCUUUAAGUUUGAAAUUCACUUAGAAUUUUCACUUUACUGAAUAACCCUGUGUAUGUUCAGUGAUAGAUAUGGUUGUGCUGAGUCUCUGGCAUGGGUCAAGGGAACUAAGUGGCUACUAGUCAUGCUAUCAGCAUUGUGAACAAAAUGAGCCUAUUGUCCUGUGGGAAGGCCUGACCAAGAAUAUGGUAGUCUUGCUACUUUGAACUAUAGUUCCCAUGACACUGCAUGAUAUUUGGAUAAGCCUUUAAAAUAAUUUUUUCCAAGUAUUAAAAUAUCAAAUAUAAAUUAAAUUUAACAUGUAAAGAAAAAAAAAAGAAGAAAAAAAAUAUAUAUUUAAUAUGUAAAGUAAUAUAUAACAAUAUAACAAAAUGUAUAUUUUUUUCAUAAUAUUAAAUUAUUUUAAAAGUUUAUCCAAAAAAUAUCAAAUCAUGUAAAAAGUUUAUCCAACAAUAUUAAAUCGAGGACUUAAGUCAGGCACUACAAGCUUGGUGAGAAAGGUUCUCCACAACAGCUAUAAUACUAGAAUUUAUUCAUCCUUGCUACAAAUUUUAGAUUUAAAAAAAAAAACAUUUGACAACAUGUCCUUUUAAAAAGCAUGAACCUACUGUUAUUACUUAAAGGAACAUUCCACUGCCCAAACAAAAAAAAUAUCAAUUACAAUGUAGAAGCUAUACCCCUAAUGAAAACAUGCAUUUCAUUAUGCAUUAAAAAAAACACCUUGCAAAAGCUGCAGAUCUCUUGUCUGAGCCCUUUCCAAGACCUUUCCUUGUAAUGUAGCCCAGACUUUUGGCUGCCCUAUCACAGACUUCCCAAUGAGAAGUCUUUACAAGGUGCUCUAAGCGAUUGCUGCCUCUUGAGUUUAGCUCCACUGAGCUUCACUACCGGGAAGUGACUAGAUCAGUUGCAGCAAGGUUCAUAUAUAAAAGUGCCAGUUUCUAUUGAGGACACACUCUUCACAUCCACAUAGCGCAAUAAGAAAAGUUUUAAAACUCAGUACAUGUAAUUAUAAUGCGUGCCCUUAAAGGGAGAAACCAUUAACAAUAAAAGCACUUAGCAUGAGCAUUCUAUAACAUUACCAUCAACCAUUCUGUUUGCAUUUCCCAUAUUGCCUCGUUAUAAUAAUUAUAGUUGUCUUCUAGUGCUCAAUUCACAGCUGUCAUCCAAAUGUUUAAGAUCCAUGCGUAACAUCAUCAGUAGUCUCCCAGUACUCUGAACCCAAAUCAGCCAGCCAAUGAAAUGUUAUAUUAUAUAGGAAUAUGAGGGCACAGGAAGAUGAUGAACAGGAGAGAUAUAUAUAUAUAUAUAUAUAUAUAUAUAUAUAUAUAUAAAAAUCCAAACGUAUGGCUACACUCACGGUUUAAAAGUCCAAAGUUUAUUGAAAAAACGGUUUAAAACAUCAAGUGAUCAACGUUUGUCACAUAAGACUUUCAUCAGGAUCCUGAUGAAAGUCUUAUGUGACUGAAACGUUAACAUAAGACUUUCAUCAGGAUAAAGUUUAAUGAAAAAACGGUUUAAAACAUCAAGUGAUCAACGUUUGUCACAUAAGACUUUCAUCAGGAUCCUGAUGAAAGUCUUAUGUGACUGAAACGUUGAUCACUUGAUGUUUUAAACCGUUUUUUCAUUAAACUUUGGACUUUUAAACCGUGAGUGUAGCCAUACUUUUGGAUUUUUUGGGAUAUUGAAGCUGUCUUUGGUUGGCACCAGACCAUUAAGGGACAUUCGAGCGUGAGUGCAGGAGCUACUUGUAUUUUUUAUAUAUAUAUAUAUAAUACAUACAAUACACAAGAUCCAGCGCACUCACCUAUCUACUAAACAGCAACUUCAAUGUUUUUUAAAACACCUAAUCUAGGCAAAAAUAAUGGGGUUUCAGUUACUGUAUAUGAUCAUACAUUGCAUAAGCCUGCCACAAUGUCAAUGUACCCCAUCUUUGGCAGGUUCUUCUCUAAUUAGCUAAUGUCUGCUCUUAUGAGUUUAACCCACUUACUUGGGGGGGAAAUUCAAUCUGGGGGCUCUCUGCAGUACAAGGCUAAAUAGGGCCCUGGGAUGAGGCACCUGUGACAGGGAGGGGUGCAAAACCAAGGAGUGGUUUUAUUUAUUUAUUUUUUACUUAGUAUUCCUGAGUUACUAGUAAGCUACCAGUAAAUCAACAAGAGACUGAGCAAACAGAGUGCAAGGCCUGUGGAUGCUAUUCUUCUGUUAAGUCAUAAUUAAUUUAGGUUUUACAAGUUUAUCUUCAUCAUACCCAAUACCAUCAUUGCUCUGUAAAAGACAGGGAGGAUGUAGAACAAAGUUCUUUUCUCCCAGUCCUGCAUUACUUGUCAUCUUCCCUCAUCCCUUGCAGCUAGUCUUUCAUCAUUCUAUUUUUAUCAUCACACAAACGUACUUAGCAAUGAGACACCCAGGAUACCUAGAAAUAAUGCCCAGUGGUUUAAAUAUUCAUUCAUUAUAAUUAAUCAAUUGUGAUGGUUUGGCAAAUUGGCAUUUCUAAUGUUUAUGUAGGCAGAUCGUGAAUCUAACAGUUUUUCUGGUGUAGAGUGAAGGAAAAGGUGGGAUUAGGUUUAUAUUGUACGAUGACUGUGUUUGUGCUCAUGAUUUUAUAUCUUGCCUGUGAUACUUCAUUCUAACCUUUUGUCUAAUCUACAGAACCCAGUCUCACCCUGCUUCAAGAUGCCCAACAUCAGAUCCCCAACUAUAUGCAGAACCCCUACGAUUUGCCAAGGAACAGCCACAUACCCAGCCACUACGACCUUCUUCCUGUCAGGCUUAGUCCCUCACAUGGGACUUUCUGGGAAAAGCAGAUGGACAAGCAGUCAUAGAGAAGCAAAGUGCUGUGAUGGAGAACUCUUUCAUUCUGCAAUACAGCCGUUCUGUGGCGGUCCGGCACCACCAGAUGCAUGCAUGAUGUCAUUAGGAGAUUUCUUUUUAUACCAAUAGGAUGUAUUUACGUGUGACUGUCUAUGUGUAAAUAUAACAGCUGCCACCCUCCCAGGUGGGAAACAUGGCAAGCAGGUCCUGUGGAGCAAUAUCCUGGCAGUCUCACACUAAGUGGUACCAGAAAAGGUCAGUCAGUCACAGAUACUGUAUGUAAAUAUAUGUAAAUAGCGUAGCGUUCGAUAAGUGGCUGUAUAAAAGUUCCCCAUUGGGCCCUAAUCCAGUCUGUGUGCUGUGGAAGACACUGAAUUUGUCAAUAGGGCAUCUGGGGCAUUCUGCAAUCUUUAAUUAGAUAUUCCUGAUGGCCUUUCAAAAAUCUACACAUAUGCCAUGUUCAUCUAGAGGAACCCAAAGCCUAACAACAGAAAGACCUCAUCCCAAGGCAUGGCUGCUGGUGUGUCAAAGACCAGUUAAAGUGCCAUGUUCCCAGGAAGCUGCUUGAAGGACUCUCAGGUGUAUUUAAUUGUUUUGUGCUCUAGUUAUGAUUUGAUGACUAUUCAUAGGGAGACAUCAUAAAAAUACCAAACAGUAGGAAAAUAUAUGAGCACUUCAGGUAGAAAUUGAGCAUAUUAGGGAAGGAAGGAAGGUUUUUUUCCCUAACCGCUUCUAUGGCAUAAAAUUCCUACCAGCACACCUUGCACCCGUGUACCAAUAGCCUUGUUUUCAAACAAUUGUUAAGAUUCCAAGUUGUUCUAGGUACAAGAAUCCAGCCAUCCAGGGAUUUUAGAUCUAAAAAGUAAUAAGAGAUUUAAUAUAGAGCAUCGUUCUGUUUGCAGCUUGCCUAACCAUAACCUACACCGAAAUGUCUAUGAAGGAUGCUUUUUUUUCUAAUAAUUUCUAAUAUCAACUUAUUUAACCAGGAAAGGUAUAUUUAGACGUUCACUUGUUUCUAAGUAUUUCGUAGGGUUCCUGUGAUUAUCCUACUUAAUGAUACUCCCUUAUUGACAGAGGGAUGACAGGCUGAGGUGACUUUGCCAGGAAUCAAACAGAGAUACUGCACUUGGAAUUGUACACACAGGGCUAUCACUAGUAUAACAAGAUAAAUGAUACCAGUACCACCGUAUGCAAUGUACUACAAACAGUAAGUCUACAAAUUAAAAUGUAAAGUUUCUCUACUGCUGUGGAUAAGCUAUGCUGUGCAGAUAUGUGGUAGCGUUAACCAUUUCAGAAUUUUCAGUUUGGAUAGGGAGAGUUCCUGAAUCGAAUUCCUGUUUACGUGCUACUCUAGCUGCUGUGAACAUCCUAUACUACCAGCCUGUUCUACCUGAGAAGAUAUCCAGAGGACAUCUGUGUUCAAAGACUCCAUUUUGAUUUGUAGUUGGGGGUGUGGUUCUUCACUUCAUAGCCCAUCAGUUUUCUUCUGCAUCAAUACACAACACAUGAUUUAAAUUUUCUAAAACUUGCAAUGAGAAAUCCACUUGACCCAGCAUGGAAGUAAUUGUAGUCACCAGAGAUUGUGUAGCCCUGCUCACUGAACAUCUUGAAACAUAAUCACACAGCACUGGGAGUGUACUGAUCUGUGAUUACGUGCAUUUCCAGACUACCAUUCCCAUUAUGCUAUGCUUGUUAGGUCUUGUAGUUUGCUGAUCGUUACGGUCUCCUGAUGACGCCAUUAGAGGGUGUGGAAGGGGCACACCUACCACACACUGUGUGUUUGUGUCACAGUCUUCAUUCCCUUCUUAGUCAUGCUGUGCAUACCACAUUGUUUCCUGCACCUCUUACGUUAGAAAACACAUAGUUCAGCACAGUCCUGCUGCUACAGAAAUAUGUAGAUACAUUCCUUGAUGGAACACAAGUAAAGGCAGAAGUGGAGUAACCUGUCUGAGGAUCAGAGACACCAUUAUUCAAUCUAUGUCUUGUGUUAGCCUGCAAAAGGGAUAGGGAGUGGAAAUGAUUCGGCAAUGCAUUGGCAGGCACUCAUAUACAUCACUACAAAAGCACUCAGGGAAUCUUGCUAUGGGAAACGUAGGACAGGGAGCAAGGACAUACUGCAGGAGGAUGUUUUCAUGUACUUCCCAACAGCAUGAUAAGUUAUGUGUUCAAGAAAGCGUUGUAGAUCUGUCGACUUAUUACUACUGAUACUACUAUUACAUAGACACUUUGCUACUGACUGAUCACAAUGCAAGUAGUUUUCCUAAGGUUGGCAAAGCCUUAUGGGAUAUAUAGAGCUGGUAUGCUCUGUUGUUUAAAGGGUUGUGCCAAACACUAUGACCACUUCACUGAUUUGAAUUGUUUACGGUGCAAGAACAGAGUUUAACCCCUCUUCUGCCAGAGAUGUUACACCACAUCCUGUCAUGUCAUUGGGGCAUCAUUUGCCAGCCCCUAACAAAAGUUUAUUUGAAUUCUGUGCUAAUUUGGCAUCUGAGGACAGCACCAUACAGCCAAUGGCGGCAUGGCCCCAGGCUUUGUGCCUGGCGAGGGGAAGCAAUCUCUGCCUAGGAGGAUAGAGCCGCCAAGAACUUAGCCUUGUUGAUUGGACAGAGGUUUUGCUUUUUUGCUUGGUGGACCAAUAUAGGAAGAGUUACUCUAACCAAAAACAUCUUCUUAAAAUAAGUUUGUUUAAUGUAGCAAUAACAAAUACACAACUAAAUAUUAUAGAACAUGAUGAAGAUUAAAUGGUUUAAACAUUUUGGUAAAAUGAUGGCAUAUUAAAUGAACAUUACCAAACACCAUAACCUCUAUAGUUUGCUGUAGUGUUUAUGGUUGCAGGAGUGUCCAGUCACCCUUACCAUGUAAUUUGUCAAACCAUUUUAGAACCCUGGAACCCUCAGCUGCCACAUCCAGUCUUUAAUGGCUAAAAGCGCUCACCUGAUGCUUUCUGCCAAUCAGCGCAGUCUUGUUUAGCUGAAUUAAGCUAACUGGAUUAUCCUGCAACCUGUGGUCUAUGGCAUCCAGGUUAAUGGGUGGACUGUAGUGCUUUCUUCCCAACAUAUGAAUCUGGGAAGUCAGGGUUUGUAGGUGGAAUCCUGCAUGGGUGCAGCCAGUGACGCAAGAUGCGUCACUACCAAUGCCCACGAUAGGUGGAGCCACCCAGAAAAGGGGCUGUCUAUCCUGGAAAGGGGGGCGGUCAACAAAAUGCCAAUGUGUUGAACCUCCAGGGCUGCCACUUCUUUACGUGCCAGCUAUUGCACUGUUGAGAGAUGCAGACAGAAACACUCUACAUCAGGCCUCCCAGUUGGAAUUGUCAGAUAUAAAGUAUCCCUGAUAUGAUUAGGCUGAAUCUAGACAGACAACACCAGGGCUGGCAAAAAUGUAGAUCCUCAACGUUGGCAAAGCAUCAUUGGGAAUUGUAGUCUACAACAACUGGAGAUCAAGCAAUGUACCCCAUGCCAACAACACUCCAUCCUUUCAACAUUUGUUUUAGAAUAUCAGUAACUUUCCAUAUUGGGUAACUUAGUAUUUUUUUUUUUUGUAUUGUGUAUAAGUACAUAUGGUAAACAUUUAAAAAGAUAGUAAUGGUGAACAAUUACAUACACUGAAACUCCAUAGUGAAUUCUAAAACACUAGCUGUAAUAGCAUGUUAUAACAUGUAAACGCAUAUUAUAAUUAACAUGCUGAGAUAGAUAGGAGUUAACACCCAGUCAUAACUGGAGGCUGAGGUUGCCAAAUCUUACUUAUGUCCAUCCUUGGCUUUCCUGCUCCAAUCACAUGAUUCUUUGUAAACCAACGCACACCUAGCCUAUGGUAGGAAAGAUGCCCUUUAGAAAAUCAUUAUUAGUUACCACAGCUAUGGUUCAUAGCCUGCUGCCAAAAAUGGUUGUAAAUGAAAAAUUUAUUAUUUUGCUGCCUGCAGUAGAUUUGUAACAUCACUGUAAGGAAGACAUUUGGAGUGUUGGGUAAAUUGUUUGGCUCUUUCACUUCUCUGCCAGCUUUCACCCCUAUGAUACUCCUAUACCUCCAAAUGUACCCUGUUCAUCUGUACAUGUGCGUGUAUGUGUGCAAGGACGACCCCCUGCUGAGACUGCAAGGAAAGCCCUUUGGCUAAAGUUGAACUAUAACGCCUAUUAAUGAUCGCCAAAUCCUGUUGGUUUUUGGGGGUUUUUCUGUUGUGUUUUUUUCUUUCUAAAAUGUUACAUAGUUUGUGUAAUGCAAAUAGAGGAAAACAGCCACCAUCCUGCCUGCGUAAGCAAACAGAAUCAGAGAAACCUCAGCUAAAGUGGAAAUUCAAACACCCUUCUUAAUUGUUUUGAAAUAAAUCUUGAAUAACACUAAUGGACAGCAGGCCUUCAGCUGUUGUUAGACUGCAUUCCCCAUAAUCCCCAUUCAGCAUGAAUAGCCAUCUACUCCCAUGAUACACAGCCUACCAUCAGACUUCCACAAAGGCCCAAAUCAUUAACGCCAGCCUGUAUAUAGCACAGUCCUGUUAACACCAUCUACAGAUUUUGUCUUCUGAGCGUCAAAGCUCUCCUGACAGGGUUAAAACUACAAAUGUGUUCUGUUUGAGUCAGUGAUUCCUUACCCCACUCUGCAAUACUUUUUUUGUUCAGUUUCGGUUUGUUUUUGUUUCUUUUUUUAAACAGAGAGUUGAAAUGUCUUUGUUGAUUAUACCAAGAACUGCUACCAUGUACAAAAUAAAUUGACUUUCACUCAAC